GCCUAGCAACCGAUAAACUUUGAAGAAGCGGGGCAGAAGAGGCAAACAAACGCACCUCGGUCGGAACUUGACUGGUGUCGGGGACUUUCUGAUAGAUCACGCCCAAAUAGAAGAAUGUCAACACCAAAGAGAAAGGAGCCCUCCUUCAGCAAAGUGGCAUUUUCCGAGCGACAGACGGAGUGAGUUUGGUCUUGGCGUUAACGAAGGUCCGUUAGGCUACAGUUAGCUUCAAAAUUAGCAAAGGGGCACGAGAUCACAAUAAACAGUUGGCAAGAAGCAAGAAAGCUAUCUAUCUAUCUAUCUAUCUAUCUAUCUAUCUAUCUAUCUAUCUAUCUAUCUAUCGCGAUCGAGGAUUUAAUGAAUUUCAUGCAGACUGACACAGUGGUAGUGGUAGCUCAUUUUGAUACUAAAUAUUGACGAAAGAAAAGCCAAUAACAAAUGAAUGAUAAACUAUGUGUCAUCAUUGCAGUGCCGUUCCCCUAGCUGCCACUUCCUCUGAGAGCCUAGGAGGAGCAUGGAGAUGCAGAUAUCCCCUAUGGCCUGAGUGGAGUGAUGCAGAAGUGAACAAAGAAAUAUGGGACUCAAGUAAAGGACCCGACGACGGAAAGAUAAGCAAGAGUCACAAUGCUGUAAAUCCUAAAUAUAAAAUAAUACAAGCUCUUGUGAUUGUUCUUUUAUUUGCCAUCACCAAAAUAUACUGCAUGCAUUAUUUUCCUCAAAUCCGGCAUAGUUUGACAUUGUGUUAGUUUUAUUGCAAGUCGGUGUUUCAUAUUGACCUAUCUUACUCUUACCUGCAGCCAUUAUUUGAAGACCCUGAAGGAAAAAUUUAUCUGCCACCAUCUUUGAAAGUGCACUCCUGGAAGCGUCCUAUAGAUUUCUCUAUCAACAAGGUAACCUUCAUGCUUUCAUGAUAUCAUAUGAUGUCUUAAAGGAAUGUACACACCGAACUUCUUCCUGUUCAAACUCAAAAUCUAUGACUGUUGCUCCAAGGUAUAAUGCCAUUAAACUUCUGUGAUGUAGUUCAAGUAAAUGCCGGGGGGGCAGCACAUGUCCUCCAGGGAUACAUGUGAUUUAAUUGAUCAUAGAUUUCAUAUUGAUUGUUUUGUAAAAAUUAACAUUUCAAUUUAAUUGCAGCAGAGUUGCACCCCCCCCCUCCCCAAUAUUACUCAAAAUUUAAUUAGUUUGACUUUUUGACAGAAAAAAUAACCUCUUUCAAGACUAUGCUACCUCCCUGUAUCCUCUUGUGGUUGUGGGGCCUUAUUAAACAUUAUGUAGACUUAAAACCUAUUAGGCUGCAAGAGCUUGGACAGGAGAAAUCAUUUAACUCCUCGUCAAAAGAAAAAUGACAGGUUAAUAAGAAGCUGCUGGUUGCAGCCUCUACAUGUAUUAUUAACGUGUAUUUCUCUGCCACACAGUGUCAAAUGUAGUUAAGGAAAUAUGCUCUCUAUUCGCCUCCAACAAAGUUUUAAUUGCAUCACUCCACUUUUCAGUUACCCUCUCUCGGUGCAGAAUUGAGCAAUUACUACAAGCUUCCUGCUUUCUGAAUUAGUCCUUGCACUUUCAGUCAAGAUGUCAAAAGCAUUUCAUUAAUUUCAUACAAGGGGAGCACUAAUCAGAAAAAGCCAUCAGACGUGCGGAUGCAGGGAAUAGCUCUUUUGUGAAGCUUUUCCAAUGUCACUUUAAAUGAGCUUGUGUGUUGUUUUUUUUUUAUCCAGGCUGUUUUUACUGACUGAUUCGACGAUAUUUGAAAGAUUUGUUACCACUUAGCGCUGCCAUGACAAUGUAAAAAAAACAAACAAAUCAAAUCCUGCUAACAACACAGUUGAUCUCUCUUCCUAUUACUUGACCUAGUAAUUCAUUUUUAAUUAGUAACAUGACAGAGUCUAUUAACAUAGUGUUGAAAUAUUCAUCACAGACACAGUGUUGUGGAGAAAUUAUGGCUGGGUUACACUAGUUUAGGCCCAGGAUAUGUUUAGGAGCAUUAAGUAGGUCAUGUAUUCACGUCUAUUUUAAUCAGGUGAUGUGAUAUUCUGAAGCUUAGUGAUGUGUGCAUAGAAAAUGCCUCUGUCAUCUGGAUAGGAAGGUAUAAAUGGUGAUUAUUCCAGUCUAUGCCUUCAAUGACUGGGAUGGUGCACUUUUAUUUCAGAAUCUCACCGUGGUCAAAAAUCAAAGCUUUGACCUCAUCUCCUCCAAUGAUCAUCUGACUUGCAGUGAGGUUAGUUUUAAACUGUCUUUAUUGAAGACUGCUCUGACUUCUUGGCUAACUGUUAUUGAUCAGCCCUUGGAUGGUGUAAUUUAGAUGAUGGACAGGGUGAAGUUUGAUUGACAGAAAUGAAUUACAGCAGGGUAACGCAAUGCACCAUUGAUUCUGUAAAUGAUAGCUUAGAUAAUCAGUGAUCUGGUUGAUAGAUUUAGAAGGUGGCUGUGAGUUGUUUCACCCAUGAUUACUUUUCCCUUCUUUCUCUCCUUUGUCUUCUGUCCAGCUGAUGAGAUGGAUCAUCAGUGAGAUCUAUAUUGUUUGGACUCUGCAUAACAGCACAUUGACAAGGCAGGAUGGUUGGAGACCUUGGGAGCACAUCUACUCGCUGUGCAAGGUGGUGAAAGGCCAUGUGCCACUCUACAACAGCUAUGGAAAAUAUGUGGUCAGACUCUACUGGAUGGUGAGCGCAAUGCACAAAAAUACAGCCUAACAUUGCACACACAAGAGACACGGUUUCAGGGAAACUUGAAACAAUUCUUGUACCCCUGCAGGUGUCAGGAGAGGAAUAUGCUAUGAAAUCAGUAUCUGAUGAAAUUUCAAGAAUGCAAUUAAGACAUGAUAUGUUGUAUUAAAAUUGUUCAAAGAGGUUUAUAUACUAUAACCCAAACUGGGGGUCCAUCAUACAUCAAUGUCCAUCAUAAGCUUGCCACAAAGUCAUGGGUCCUGAGACAGAGUUAUAGACAGUCAACACUCUUUAGUAUUUCUGUUUAACCACACAUCACAGCAAAUGGACACCAGCUUUAUAGUGAUUAAACAAUUUGGAGACUUUGGAGACUUUAGAGACUCUUUUCAUUUACUAGUCCUUUUUAUCCUCAGGAGUUGACUCUCAGGUAUUAGCCUGGCUCCACAAAAGCAGGAAACUGAUUAAAAGUUUGUGUAUUGUAGUGUAUUGUAUCCUCUAUCAUGUCCCACCCACACAAAAUCUGUACAAACUCAAUCAGUGUGAAGAUUUCCUGACUACCUGGAGCACAUCGAAAUAAUUGAACCAUUCAAAAAAUAUGCUUUUGUUUUUACUCUCUACAGAUCUGAAUCAUGGUGCUGUUAUUUCCUUAAACUUCAAACCAAUCAUCUAUACCAGGGGUUCUCAACCUUUGUACGAAUAGCUAGUUAGCCCCCCCCCCCCCCAGGUAUUAUUGAAAGAUGUGAUCAGGACUGACACAAAACCCCAUUUUUACCAUCAAAUUGGCUUGUUUGAGCUCAAUAUGAUGACAUCAUAAUGGUGUAAAAGCACAGUAUGAACAAUAAACCUACAGCUUCAUCCAAUAUGAUGCUGAGCAAGAUAGUACCGCGCUCGUUAACAAAGUAUGUCUUAUUUUUCUUUGUUAGAUUCAGGCUUUUGCCUUGCUUUUAAAUUAAAUGCUCUUAUUGUGAUGAUAAUGAUACUUGCAGUUAAUUAUGUAGUCCCACUCUGUUAUUAUAAAAUAUUUUUUUGCAUUUUACUUAAGGAAUAUUACAUAAAUCAGACAUGCAGUGCUCAUCAGACUCCACAGGAUGCAGAAGAUGAGAAACAAAAUGAGGAAGGACUGAGGCUUGCAGGAGGGGGAGGGAUGAGAAAGCCUUAUCCACUUACAGCUCAAAUCAAUCAGAUUCACUGCUGUGCCAAAAGAGACUGGGCUUCAUACACUCCUUGAUGAAUAGAUACGGCUUAACAGGAGUCAGCUGCUUCUCAGAAUGCAGGGCUUGAGUGAGACCCUGAGAGCAGAAACCACCCUGAGAGAUCUUUAAGUGUCAUUCUUAUUAAUUAAAUGCAAACAUUUUAAGAAGUUUUACCGCUAAAUGAAUGCAGGCAUUGCAUUGCACCACAGCCUGAAGUUGCUUGCCUAUGUGUGUUACUUACCACAGAUCUCAGAGUAGAGGAUACUGCAUCACUGUGUCUUCCAUCACAAGAAUUUGGGUCAGCAAGAGAGACUGAAAAAGACUGAUGGCGUACUCCAACCCUGUGGCUCUCGCCUUGACAAACAGGCAUGACACGGUUGUAGGCAGAAGUCCCUGUGCCAACCAUAGCACGUUAACAGAUGGUUGUUGAGAUGGCAUUAAGCACCCAACCCCCCAGCCCCCCUGCCCGUUUCCUUGCCUCUUGUAGCUCAUAGGCUAUUCUUUUUCUCUCCUGCUCAUAUGAUCUUUUUAUUGUUGCACACUAAUCCUUCUUUCCUACUGUUUCUGCUGUCAUGCUGUUUUCCUCACCCUGUUCACCAAUACAAAACUCUGUCUCUGUCUCUCUUCUCCUGUAUUCUGUGUUAUCCCCAGCCUGUCUUUUGGCAUUGUAUUCCACAUCAUUUGUGAACACAUAGUGCUCCUACUCUGGGCUACGGUUUGACAAGAAUGUGGAAGAAAAGGCAAUUAAAGGGAGUGUGUGUGUGUGCUCACCAGUACCAGCUCACACUGCUCUAAUAGAUAAGGAAAGGCACAGCUGUGAGCAGUCAGUCAGAUUAUCACCUGCUUGUGCUGCUUUUUCUGACAUGCAGUGUGAAACUCCCCCAGACAGCCAAUAGAUAGACCACACUGCAGACAGCAUGUUACAGGCUCUGACCACAAUCAGUUUGCAUAAACGCAGCUCGUGUUUUGAAAGGCGUUGUACUGUGAAGCAGAUAGAUAGAGCGAUAAGAGGUGUUUGAUUACAUAUUGAGUUUGUGAGGAAAAAAUUCUGGGUGCUUUUUGUGGCAAUCCUUUCAGGACUUGUUUCACUCCAUUGCAUCUUGGUUCUCUGAACAGGUAGUUGUUUUUCUGCCAAACAUUCUAAGUGUUUGAUCUAAGAAAUUAGAAGUCACACAAGCUUGUUUUAACUUGGCUGAAAAAAAACUUUCAUCAUUGCAAUGAUGCAAAUUCUGCUCUAAAAACAAAUGACCUGACUAAAUACAGACUCAGGGCCGUAUUUUCGUGCCCACUGGCGGCUCGGCGGAUGGUGGCACACCCCACGCAGUGGUAUUUUCGUCUGGCGGAGCCUGGCGCACGGACUGAAAGCUCACUGAUUCAAAACUGGUCAGCUUUCAGUGCAGGCAGAGCACAGCUGGUCUCGUGGUAUUUUGGUAGACCGGCGGCGUAGUGCGGAUACGUCACUGAUGCCUCACAGGCAGAUUUCCACAGUGUCAGGCACAUUUCAGUGCAAUAAAUAUUCAACAACAACCAAUAUUCAGUGCAGCUAUCUGAGUCAGCACAUAUACAUUUAGAUCUACAAUUGAUUCAGAUCUAUAUCUUAACUGAUGAGCGCAUUUGACACGUGUUUGGACACUCAACUUGACCGGAUUAACACAGCUGAAACCGCAUUAAAUUAAAUAUCCAGUAAAUAGUCACACAUGAUGAAGUUAACAAGAUAUUUAAUUCAUCUCCCCCUUUUUCUCCUUCUUCCUUGUGUAGCUUGACCAGACAUGUUUCCGUGUCCUCUCCCUGCCCCGCUGCUGCGGCGGCAAGGUUGACCAGAUGAUUUAUUUCAGUAAUCAGAUGAGUUAUUUACUUUGAAAAUUUGAACAAAAAAAUAAAAGAAACUUUCAUUCAAAAUUACCUGUUUAUCUGAUUUUCUUACAUCCUUAAAAUUUUGUGAAUAAUUAAUCCGGAGUCAGGCCAACAUAUGAACAUUAUAAUAUUCAGUUGUGUGAGUUCAUUUUUUUUGUUAACAUUAAUGAAAGAAAGCGCCAGGCAACGGAGUGCGAUGUGUCCUUUACGCACUGGUGGUUCUGUUUUUAAUGCCAUUAUUAGAAUUUAUGUUGUGAUCUGUGCGCACAACCCACCUUUGUCACAUGGGGUUUAAACAUAUGCAACUUUAUGUGAGUGUCUUUAUUUGUGGAAAAGACACACCAAACCCAUCUGUGUUUAUAUGAGAGAGUGUGGAGGACGCCUUCCGCAGUGCUUACAGCAACACUUGUUGAGGGGCUGCUUUUCAUCGCCAUCGUGUGGCAUUGCUGUCUUCAGCCACCUCUUGAUCUCUUGGACUACCUCACGAAAAUUGUAAUACCCCGCGGCGAUGGCGGAUUUAAAGGUGAGGAAAGAAGCUGAUGUGAUCGGUGAAAACAGGUCUCGGCUAUGUCUAAUCCACUCCACGCCUUCUCUCCUCCCUCUCUACUACUUAUGCCGCUGGGAGGAGCUGAGUUAGGGAGGGGGGAUACUUACGCUGGGCUGCGCCGCUCACCAAAAUAACAAAGUGUGCUUGGGCACGCCUUGUCGGCGGACCUGACUUACGCCACACCUGUGCCACGAAAGUAAACCCCUUGGAGUUAAAUGUGAGGACAAAGGACAACUGCUGUUCACUCUUUGUACUUCUUAUGUGUCCAUCCUAAGCAAAUGACCUAAUUCUAAUUCUGGUUGAUGGCACAGAAAACAUUUGAUUAUUUCAGAUUUAACAAUAAUGAAAUCUGUAAGCAAAGAAUGUAAGCAAAUUACUAAAAGGUGAUGUCUGUAAUACAAAGAUGAGGGGUCUCACCUUGAGGCAAUUACAGCUGUAAACAAUUUGAUACAUAAUAUUGAUCUAGGAAAUUUAGUUGAUUUCAAAAUGUUUCUACGGCUUUUAAAACAGUGCCUUUGAUUUCAUGGUCAGCGAGGUGUCCACAGGUUUUUGGGGUUAAAUAAGCAUUACAAUGAAAUCUUACUGCUAAACAUUAGCUCUCACAGUUGUUAUAACUCAAACUAUGUUUUCCUAUUGCUGGUUGGGGUACACAUCGUGAGCAGGGAGCUGGCCCUUGUAGACCUGUUUGUAUAAACAUUACUUACUUGGUAGUGGUGCGUAACUUACAGGCAGUAAGUUACGUAACGAACAGAGCAUGCAUAUAAAGGUUUUGUGGUGUAUACAGUUCAACAAUCUGUAAAGAAGACACCAGUGUGUGAUGUUAUCGUUUCAAGGGAAAAGGAUAGGCAUCCACAUGGAGACAAAAUUGCAGUCGUUAUAUAUGGAUUUAUGCACUCCUGGACCUGUUUUCAAAGCAUUGUUUACAUUCACCCGAAAUACCGUUUGCAUGUGGAUGAAACGUCAUUAUGACAAAAAACUUUUGCAUUUACUCCUGUUUUUUUGUUGUUGUGUAGACAGGACCUAAGAGAUGUACUCAUCAGCUCUGUUGGAGUUUCCUGGAUUACGAGACACUUCAUAAAGAAGCACAAAAUUUGUCAGCACGGUAGACUAUAUCAAAAAUUGGAUUUUUUAUCAACAUCUAAAAUUGUCCGUCUAAAUUUUUGUGCCUCAGGGGAUGACUCUAUUUAUGAUUCCCUUACUCUCUUAACUGGUAUCAAUGGUUUAGGGAUAAUUAUCAAGAAAACUGUUAAAGGCAUGGUUGACAAUUGGAGAGAUUCGUUAUUGUUAUGAACCUCAUUUAUAUGGUCCCAUAGUGUUAUCUCCACAAAGUGAAGAGAAAAAAGAAUGGAAAAAAUCUGUUCACCCUACCAGGUGCAGGGCUGCUAAAACAUUGACCAAUGGGAGCCAUCCAUCCCGGAAAGGUCAUAUUGGUCAAUCUCCUGCUCCGCCUCUUCAUCCAAUCACCUCUCUGUAUUCGACACACCCCUCUCUCGUAGUUCCGACUCGUCCCCUCCCACUCUCCCGGCCCUCCUCGGAGCUUUGAGUGGCUAAAAGUAGCGUAUCAGCUUAGCUACAGGAGCUGUGAUGGAAAAGGACGCAAAAAAACUGAUAAGAAAACGCAAGCCGACAGAUCAGUAUUUUUCAAGAAUAUUCUUGUGCCUCAGUGAAGUUCCUUUUAGGAACAAGAACAAGAUUCUUGAUCCCUGAAUGGACAUUCAAUACAUUUUAAAAGGAGAUUUUGAGACUCUUGCUGAUACCAAAUGGUUAACAUUUGGAAGACUACUGAAUUUCAUGCCUUGAAAGUUUUCAGGAAUAUUAUUUUUUUUUUUUCUCAAGAGGAUGAUUCUCUUGAUUUUAGUGAUUGCUUUGUUUUACAUUUUGACUGUAAUUUCAACCAUUAAAUAAGAUUUGUAAUCUGUUCACUUAUCUGUCAGUUUUAAAGUCUAAUAACUUUCCUUGUACUUCCGUUUUACUUUAUUUUUGCACAAUUGAGGAAAUUUACUUGGCCCAUGUUACACUUUUUUCAUGCACAGUUUGACACUGGGGUAAGUUGUGGAGCCAGAAGCAGAUAUGCAAACAAACACAGGUAAAUUCAAAACUGUAACUGAAAACACAAAUGCUAAACAACUGAAAAUCCCUCUUACUGAGAGGAAAUGACAAACUAAAAGGCUGAGAGGAUCAAUGUCUCUAAAUCUGUUUCACAAGUCAGGCUAAUGAGUUCAACAGGGCACUUCUUCUCAGGACAAAGAACAAUGAUGUGGUGGCAGCAUCCUGCUGCCAGUCACCCACCUAUAUGACCUGCUAAUGAGUGAUCUGCAUUCAACAGGAGCUCUAUGAUCAGUGAGCACACAGAUGUGCUGCUUCUGUAGUCACUGGGGGAGGGGAAACACAAAACACACAGGCUAACAGGCAAACCCCAAAACAACCAAAUGCCAGAUACAAACAACAGAAAAAUCCACUCAUGGAGGUUUUAGCGACCUCAGAGACCAGGAUGUCGCUUAGAGGAUGAGAUACGGGCCGAGUCUAAUUGUCUGACGCGCUUUGUCAAUGGAUCAGCUGAGACGGGAAUCGAUUAGGAAAAAACGUGCUUUAAUACUAAAGAAACAAUCAACAAAACGAUACCAACUGAAGAAACAGCGAUCACUGGACUUAAAGAGUAUGUGUACAUGCGGUCAACAAAAAAUACGGCGACCCACUCAAAACCUCUUCCCUCGUGAACACAGGUGACCAGGUGCUUAAAUCAACUGAGUGACACCGCCCCUAUUCCCGUGACCCGGAUUCCACAAAUCACUGCCACCAAUCACAACAAAAUACCAAAAACAAAUCAAGAGCAUAACCACAAACCUUUACCUUGCGGCUCCUACAGAGGUGAAUCGUGACACAGUUGGCAGUUGGCAUUUUUGCUUUUUUCUUACUUGCUUUUGUAUCAAGAGCUAAUUUUAACAUAUUUCAAAUGUGUUAUUGGUCCAACAUUUACACCCAGAACUGACAAAAGUUUGUUGUGCAAGACAAAGGCUGAAACCAGACUGACGUUCAUUCAUACUACUCUCUCACAAUGAACAGCUCUGCCACAGGGCCAGUCUGUCAAAAAACAGAAAACACUUUGAAUUACAUUUGUCUUUUGUGGGCAAAUAAAAAUAUAGAGGUUUUGGGUGAAAUUUUUUAAUGAACUAGGAUUUCUAUUGACAAAACAGAUGAGGCUGUUGACAUGUUAAGUUCGUGAGGAUUUUAAACUCAAAAAUCAAGGACAAAUGAUCAACCUGUUAACAAAUUGUAAAGGUAAGAACAGAAAGGGGGCAGCACAGUGGUAUAGUGGUUAGCAGUGUCGCCUCACAGCAAGAAGGGCUUGGGUUCAAAUCCGGGUCAGGGUGUUUCUGUGUGGAGUUUGAAUGUUCUCCCUCUGUGUGGGUUUAUUCUAGGUACUUUGGUUUCCUCCCAUAUCCCCAAAACAUGCAGAAGUAGGGUUAGGUUAAUUGGUCACUUUCAAAUUGUCUGUAGGUGUGAGUGUGGGUGAAUGUUCAUCUCUAUAUGUCAGCUCUGUAAUAAAUUGGCGACUUGUCCAGGGUGUCCCUUGCCAUCAUUCUAAGAUCCUGGGAUCGGCUCCAGCCCCCCCACAACUCCCAACAGGAAAAGCAGUAGAAAAUGGAUGGAUGGAGAAUAGAAAGGAUGUUAUUGAUAAGGAUUUUAUGCCUAAGGUGGAAAACUAUGUGUUUAUAUGACUUAGUGGUAUGCUAGUGUGGAAAAAAAAAAAACAAUUGUCAAACAUUUUUUAAAUUUUAAAGCUGGAAUGGCACCUUUUUAGUAAAGGGACCCUGAUGUGAAUUUAUUGGACUUAAUUUGACAUGUUUGGAUAGUUUGCUCCCAGAUGAGGGUUUACUUAAACAGGAAGGAAGUAUAUAAGGGAAGCUAUUUUUCCUCUCUUUGUUUAUUUAAAGAGACAAUUUUCAGCUCAGCUUCUCACACUGAUCCUGAUUUUGUUCAUUUGGGUGAAUAAGUAGCUUGACGGUUGAUGGCAAACCAGCUGAACCCACUAAGGAGGCAGCUUGCCAUCACUGUCAGCUGAAAUCUUUUCACUCCUCUUCUCCUCCUCCUCCUCCUUCUUCAGCUUCUUCUCAUUCUUUGUGUGAAAAAAGACAAACAAUUUGUACAGAAGUAUCAAUUAACAGUUUGACAAAAAAACAAAAACAGAUUAUAAACUGAGAGGACUAUACUGCAAGAAAGCUUUUUUUUUUUAAAUAAAUGCACUGUCAAUGAUGCAAAGACAAAGAACUGCAUUCUGAUGACACAUAUUUUAUGGGGGAAAAAAAACAAGCAGAAACUCCAGGUGACGAAAAAUAGAGGCAAUGCAGACGUGGAAAACAAUUGCAGUUUCCUGACUGUCCAUUUAAGAUUUUGCUCAAAAAGCAAAGCAGACUUCAAUGGGACCCUUAUCAAAACAUCUGUCUUUACAGCCUGGCACUACAGGAACCCUGAGUCUGGUACCAAUGUUGCAACCACUAUAUUAAAGGAUUUUUCAGAUACCCAUGGGUGACAUCACUGAGACAAUGUCCAAUAACAUCAAGUCUAGGCCAUUGCAGCCAAUUUCCCCCAUGAUCCACCAAACAAUUUGCAGAUAGACGCAUUCUUACCUUUGGGACUGUAUCACUGAGGAACCUAAUGAACCGGUUGCUCUUCUUUGUGUUUGUCUCAGCACUGACUUAGUUGUUGUUUGGACCCCCAGAGUCAGGCUGAAUGUAGUUCACAGAUGUCUUGGUCAUUGACUUGUGGAAAUUGGUACCAGUGACCUAAAAUUGGGGGAUUUAAGAGCAGACAUUGCCAGAAUGAAUUAUCGUCAUCUAUAUAGUCCACCAGCUGAAGAGGUAUGGAGACGCGGUCUUCUUCACUAGAGGAGCAAUUGUCCUUCAUUUCAUUUGCUUUUCCCAGGGCUACAGUCAGAGUCCACCUCAAUGAUUCAUUUGAGAAGGGUUGGCGGCAUUAGCUUCCUGUAAAACCAUUUGAAAAACUUCCCUCUCUGUUUCUUCUUGGUCUCACACUCUGCUGAGGUCUCCUUCUCCUGUUAACCGUGUGAAGUUUUUACCCAAUGAAUUUCCCUCCUCAGAUGACCUCUUAGGAUGAAUUUGAAAGAUGUCUUGAAGGCAGCAGGAGCAGAAACAUUUUCUUGAUCUGUGUUUCUAAAGAGAAUCGACACAUUCAGAUGAUGCGCAUGAACCAAGAGGUUGCUGCAAGUCUGGUCUCUCUGUAUUAUUUGUAAUUUUUGCUAGAUUUUUUUCAUAUUUUUGUUGUCAUUUUGUUGGCUGCUGAUGGAUACUUCUGCUGGGCGAAGAGUUUAGAAUAGAAUAGUCCUUUAUUGUCAUUGUAACCAGUACAACGAAAUUAAAAAAGUGCCAGACAGUCAGUGCAUCAUUAAAAACAAAUACAGUAAUAAAUAGCAGUUCUAAAUAAAUAAAUAAGUUCCGAAUAAAUAAAGUAAAUGAGUAAAUAGGUAUUCAGUCACUUCCUUAAGGCAUUGAGGGUAGUUAUUGCUGACGGAAAAAAACUGUUUUUAAGUCUGUUCGUUCUGGAUCUGAUUGUCCUAUAGCGUCUGCCUGACGGCAAAAGUUCAAACAGGAGGUGACCAGGAUGGGAGGUGUCUUUGAUAAUGUUCUGGGCUUUUUUAGCACAGCGAGCGCCAUGAAGGUCGUCCAGUGAGGGAAGGGGGCAACCGACAAUCCUCUGGGCUGUGUUGACGACCUGCUGGAGAGCCUUUCUCUGGGCCACAGUGCAGUUGUUAAACCAUACACAAAUGCAAUAUGUAAGAAUGGCUUCGAUGGAACACCUGUAAAAGGACACCAACAGUCUCUGUGUGAUGUUAUUUUUCCUGAGGACCCUCAGGAAAUGGAGACGCUGUUGGGCUUUUUUAAUCACCUGUGUGGUGUUUACAGUCCAGGUCAGGCCCUCCUCAAUCUGAACACCCAGAAACCGGAAGUCUGACACCUGCUCCACACAAUCCCCGCCGAUGAUGAGUGGUGUGAUGUCAGUCUUUAUCCUCCUGUAGUCAAUCACCAGCUCCUUCGUUUUUGCUGUGUUGAGCUGGAGGUUAUUCUCCCCACACCAUGCUGCCAGAUGUUCAACCUCGUUCCUGUACGCAGACUCGUCUGCCCCAGAGAUGAGCCCCACCACCGUGGUGUCGUCUGCAAAUUUGACAAAGGUGUUGUUGUGAUGUGUGGGGACGCAGUCGUGUGUGUAAAGGGUGAACAACAGGGGACUCAGCACGCAGCCCUGUGGCGAACCGGUGCUGAGGCUGAGGGCCGUUGAUGUGUGAUGGCCCACUCUCACCCUCUGGGUGCGACAGGUGAGGAAGCUGUUGAUCCAUAUGCAGGUGGGGUGAGGAAUGCCUAGAUUGACCAGUUUGUUCAGCAGUUUGUGAGGAAGUAUGGUGUUAAAAGCAGAGCUAUAGUCCACAAAGAGCAUCCGUACGUAGCUCCCCUGCUGCUCCAGGUGGGACAGUGCAGCAUGGAGGGCUGAGGCAAUGGCGUCUUCUGUGGAUCUAUUUGCCCUGUAUGCAAACUGGUGAGGGUCAAGGCUUUUUGGCAGGUGUGAUGUGAUGUGGCCCCGGACCAGCUUUUCAAAGCAUUUCAUCACCACCGGGGUGAGAGCGACUGGCCGGUAGUCGUUGAGGCUGGAGAUAUGAGGUUUCUUGGGCAGGGGGACGAUGAUGGAGGACUUCAGGCAUGGUGGAACACUGGACUCGGCCAAGGACUGGUUGAAAAUCCUUGUGAAGACUCCGGCGAGCUGUUCCGCACAGUCCCUUAACACACGCCCGGGCACUCCAUCAGGCCCAGCAGCCUUCCUUGGGUCCACGGCGCGCAGGGUACGUCUCACCUCAUGUUCUGUGAGGGUGAAGUUGCUGUGUACCAUGGGGUGUGGUGUGGCUGCCUUGGGUGGUUCCACCUCGAAACGUGCAAAGAAGGUGUUUAGCUCCUCUGCCAGCGAGGCCUCACCCUCAGCUGCUCCCAAGGUGGAUUUGUAAUUGGUGAGCUGCUGGACUCCCUGCCACACCUGCCUGCUGUUGUUACUUUCCAGGUGUGCCUCAAUCCUCCUCCGGUAGUCCGACUUGGCCCCUUUGACGCCUCUCUUCAGGUCAGCCCGGGCCGCAGAGUAGAGGACCUGGUCACCAGACCUGAAGGCGGUAUUCCUCUCCCUCAGCAGCUGCUGGACUUCCCGGGUCAUCCAGGGCUUCUGGUUGGGGUAGAUCCGGAUCUGUUUUUCCACAGUAACAGUGGCUAUGCAGUGUUGUAUGUAUCCAAGUACACUGCCUGUAAAGAUCUCCAGAUCGUGAUGUAAAAACACCUCCCAGUUCAUCCUGUCGAGGCAGUCCUGCAGCUGUUGAGAGGCUCCAUCAGGCCAAGUUGUUACCGUUUUUGUGAUGGUGGGUGUACUUUUCCUGAGGGGGGCAUAUGCGGGUAUUAGCAGCAGAGACAAGUGGUCGGACUGGCCCAGGUGAGGUAGUGGUUUGGCCCUGUAGCCAAGCUUGAUGUUAGAGUAGACCUUGUCAAGAGUCUUAUCUCCACGGGUUGUGCAUUUGACAUGUUGGUAGAAUUUAGGGAGAACUGUUUUCAAAUCGGCAUGGUUGAAGUCCCCUGCUACGAUGUGUACAGCGUCAGGAUAUUUACUCUCCUGGGAGCCAAUGCUACUAUGCAGAUGGUUGCUAGCCACCUUAGCAUUAGCGUCCGGCGGUAUGUAAACAGCUGUUAGUAUUACAACAGAGAACUCUCUCGGGAGGUAAAAGGGUCUGCAUUUCACAGACACAUACUCCAGGUCUGGGGAGCAGUGGCUGUCCACAGUCACUGUGUUCGUACACCAGCUGUUGUUCACGUACAUACACAGCCCCCUCCUCUGGUCUUACCGGAGCUCUGUGUUCUAUCCUGACGCUGCAUGGUGUAGCCUGUUAGCUCCGCCGCCGAGUCCGGGAUAAGUGGAUGAAGCCAGGUCUCCGUGAAGAGUAGAAUGCAGCUAUCCUUCACGGCAUUGUUGGUUGCAACCUGUAGCCUCAGUUCAUCCAUUUUAUUGGCGAGGGACCGAGCAUUGGCGAGAAACAGGCUGGGAAGCGGAGGUUUAAGUGGCUGCCUCCGUAGCCUGGAUAGCGGGCCAGCUCUGCAGCCCCGCUUCUGCCUCCUCUCUCUGCGCCGCCUUCGCCGCUUCCCGGCGGGGAUAGUAAUCCACAGGGAGCCUGGGUGCCGUGCUAUGUCGACCGGUAUGUUGUGUGUGUGGAGAAACUUUGCAGCUAUACUCUGUUCACAACCGACUCCUAUCUUAAGGAGAUCGUACCGGCUAUAGAUGUUGUUCGCCUUACAGAAAACACCCAGCAGACAAAAAAACACGAAGCAAAAAAAAAAAAAACAAUCUAUCGCACUGACUGAGAGAGCACCGAGCCGCAGCAACUGUGUGCGCCGCCAUCUUGCGUUCUGAACACAAUAGGAAAACCUUACUCAAAAGAAGAGCUCCUUUCAUUGAUGAAAAGUAAAUCUGGACAACAACAUACAAUUCCAGAGGACAUCAGGAGGUGUUAUCGUGGUUGCCGUGCUGGUGCAAAGGUGAAGGCAAAGCUGAAUGCUAGGAGGUGGCGAUAUAAACCCUUUCUUCCAUCAGUCAUCAUGGGAAACAUCAACUCUUUGCCCAACAAAAGCGAUGAGCUGGGAAUGGUGGUGAAGACUGAGAAAGCAUACCAUGAGUGCAGUUUCCUGUGUUUUACUGAAACCUGGUAGAAUCAAAACAACUCGGACUCCAGUGUGGAUCUACCUGGCUUCACUCUUAUAAGGUUAGACAGAGAUGCUCAAGCUAGUGGCAAGAAGAAAGGAAGAGGUCCUGCUUUAUUUGUCAACCAGAGAUGGUGUAACCCUUUACAUGCAACUGUCAAGGAGAAGUUGUGUUGUCCAGAUAUUAAACUGUUGGCAGUUGCUCUUCGGCCAUAUUAUGUCCAAGAGAAUUUAGUCAUAUCAUAACAAUACUUGUUUACAUUCUACCCAAAUCAACUGAAGAACUUCCGUGCGAUGUUUUGCAAAAUUGUGUUGCCAGGCUACAGACUCAGCACCCGGAGGCACUAAUAAUAAUAUCAGGAGACUUCAACCAUGUCACCCUCUCCUCUAACCUGACUGGAUUCACACAGUUUGUGAACUGUCCUACCAGAGAUAACAAAACCCUGGAUCUGCUGUAUGCCAACAUCAAAGAAGCCUAUAGAGCCACUGCCUUAACACCACUGGGUAAGUUAGAUCAUAACUUGGUCUAUCUGCAAACCUGCUACAGAUCUUGUGUACUGAGGCAGCCUGUGACCAAAGUCAAAAUCAGAAGAUGGACACCUCAAGCCAGUGAAGCUCUAAGGGACUGUUUUAAAUCAACAGACUGGAAUGUGCUGCUGGAAACAGAUGCGGAUAGUAUAAACACUGACAAACAGGUUGACUGCUUUACUGAAUAUGUCAACUUCUCUAGAGACACAGUUAUACCCACAAAGAGUGGAUCACAAGUGACAUAAAAGCAAUCCUUCACCAGAAAAAGAAAGCUUUUAAAGAUGGUGACAAAGAAUGACUCAAAAAAGUGCAAUAAGAGUUGAAGAGGAGACUGAAGAUGGCAAAGCUGGAGUACAAAAAGAAAUUAGAGAAGAAUCUACAACACAGCAACAUCCGUGAAGUGUAGAGAGGAAUCAGUACCAUCUCUGGACAAAGCAAUGAAAAGAAAAGACAGCCAGUGGUGGGUGAUCUGGGAAGAGCUGAGGAACUCAACCUGUUCUUCAACAGAUUUGACACUGUUGUCACACCCACUUCCACUGCUACUCCACCUUUCUCUCCGCAACAAAUCUCCUCUGCAACUUCUCUCGUUCCUCCUCUAUCUCAUUCAAAGGUCUCAACCACUUCAACUGCCUCCCUCCUAGAACACCAGUCCUUGUCUGUCACUAAAACAGGGGUGAGGAUGGAGCUUGGAAGACUUUGUCCUGGGAAGGCAGCUGGUCCAGAUGGUGUGUGUCCAAGGCUGCUUAGAGACUGUGCUGCAGAACUGUGUCAACCUCUCCACAAGAUCUGCAACCUGAGUCUACAGCUGGGGAGGGUACUUACUCUGUGGAAAACAUCCUGCAUUGUGCCAGUACUAAAAACAAAAUGCCCUGCUGAACUCAAUGACUACAGACCAGUGGCCCUCACUUAACACAUUAUGAAAACCCUGGAGCGGCUGAUUCUGCGCCUUCUGAGGUCUGAGGUCAAAGACAAACUGGAUUCCCUGCAGUUUGCAUACAAAGAACACAUUGGAGUGGAUGAUGCUGUUCUCUAUAUGCUUCACUGUGCCCUGUCUCAUCUGGAGGAACCUGGGGUUUAUGUGAGGAUCAUGUUCUUCGACUUUUCAAGUGAGUGCACUCAACACCAUCCAACCCAACAUACUCAAAGACAAGCUCACAGAGAUGGGAGUGGACCCUUUCUGUGUUUCCUGGAUCACAGAUUACCUGACAGGAAGGCCACAGUUUUUCAGGCUGGGGAACUGUGUUUCUGGGACAUUAAUGAGCAGUACAUGGGCUCCACAACGGACAGUGCUGGCGCCAUUCCUGUUCACACUGUAUACGUCAGACUUCAAAUACAGCACUGAGUCCUGCCACAUCCAGAAAUACUCAGAUGACACCGCUAUUGUGGCAUGUAUCAGAAAUGGACAAGAAUCUGAAUACAGAGAUCUGAUAAGAGCCUUCAGUGACUGGAGUCACAAAAACUGCCUCCUCCUCAACACCUCAAAGACAAAGGAGAUGGUCAUAGACUUCCAUAGAUCCAAACCCCCUCUCCAUCCAGUGAACACCUGUGGAGUGGACAUCGAAGUGGUGAUUUCAUAUAAAUACCUAGGUGUACACCUGGAUAAUAAGUUGGACUGGUCUAAGAAUAUACACUCACCGGCCACUUUAUUAGGUACACCAUGCUAGUAACGGGUUGGACCCGCUUUUGCCUUCAGAACUGCCUCAAUUCUUCGUGGCAUAGAUUCAACAAGGUGCUGGAAGCAUUCCUCAGAGAGCUUGGUCCAUAUUGACAUGAUGGCAUCACACAGUUGCCGCAGAUUUGUCGGCUGCACAUCCAUGAUGCGAAUCUCCCGUUCCACCACAUCCCAAAGAUGCUCUAUUGGAUUGAGAUCUGGUGACUGUGGAGGCCAUUUGAGUACAGUGAACUCAUUGUCACGUUCAAGAAACCAGUCUGAGAUGAUUCCAGCUUUAUGACAUGGCACAUUAUCCUGCUGAAAGUAGCCAUCAGAAGUUGGGUACAUUGUGGUCAUAAAGGGAUGGACAUGGUCAGCAACAAUACUCAGGUAGGCUGUGGCGUUGCAACGAUGCUCAAUUGGUACCAAGGGGCCCAAAGAGUGCCAAGAAAAUAUUCCCCACACCAUGACACCACCACCACCAGCCUGAACCGUUGAUACAAGGCAGGAUGGAUCCAUGCUUUCAUGUUGUUGACGCCAAAUUCUGACCCUACCAUCCGAAUGUCGCAGCAGAAAUCGAGACUCAUCAGACCAGGCAACGUUUUUCCAAUCUUCUAUUGUCCAAUUUCGAUGAGCUUGUGCAAAUUGUAGCCUCAGUUUCCUGUUCUUAGCUGAAAGGAGUGGCACCCGGUGUGGUCUUCUGCUGCUGUAGCCCAUCUGCCUCAAAGUUCGACGUACUGUGCAUUCAGAGAUGCUCUUCUGCCUACCUUGGUUGUAACGGGUGGUUAUUUGAGUCACUGUUGCCUUUCUAUCAUCUCGAACCAGUCUGGCCAUUCUCCUCUGACCUCUGGCAUCAACAAGGCAUUUCCGCCCACAGAACUGCCGCUCACUGGAUAUUUUUCUUUUUUCGGACCAUUCUCUGUAAACCCUAGAGAUGGUUGUGCGUGAAAAUCCCAGUAGAUCAGCAGUUUCUGAAAUACUCAGACCAGCCCUUCUAGCACCAACAACCAUGCCACGUUCAAAGUCACUCAAAUCACCUUUCUUCCCCAUACUGAUGCUCGGUUUGAACUGCAGGAGAUUGUCUUGACCAUGUCUACAUGCCUAAAUGCACUAAGUUGCCGCCAUGUGAUUGGCUGAUUAGAAAUUAAGCGUUAACGAGCAGUUGGACAGGUGUACCUAAUAAAGUGGCCGGUGAGUGUAGACUUCAUCUACAGAAAGGGGCAGAGCUGCCUCUUUUACCUGAGAAGACUCCAAUCAAUAGACAUCUGUACUAAGAUGCUGCAGAUGUUUUAUCAGUCUGUGGUGGCAAGUGUUCUGUUCUACGCUGCAGUCUGCUGGAGAGGAAGCAUCAAACACAAAGAUGCAAGGUGUCUCAACAAACUGGUUAAAAAGGCUGGCUCUGUGGUAGGAUCAAGCUGGACUCAGUAGGACAUCAGGAGGUGUUGUCCUGGUUGCCAUGCUGGUGCAAAGGUAUAGGCAAAGAUGAAUAAGAAUGAGAAUAAGAAUAAGGUGGAGAGAUCUACACUAAGGAAGGUGGAGACUAUUCUAAAGAACAUGGCUCACCCACUUCACAACACCUUAAUGGACCAAAGGGCCCAUGGUGGUGGACAGCCCCUCUCUCUUCGCUGCAGGACAGAAAGAUUCAGAAGAUCUUUUGUACCAACAGCCAUCAGGCUUUCUAACUCUUGUGUAAUAGUAGAUAACUUUUAGAGACAUGUUAUGUGAGAGAAAAGACAACUGAAUUUCCCUUCGGAGAUUAAUAAAUUUCUCCUUAUUCUUAUUCUCAUUCUUAUUCAUCUUUGCCUAUACCUUUGCACCAGCAUGGCAACCAGGACAACACCUCCUGAUGUCCUCUGUAAUUGUAUGCUGUCCAGAUUUGCUUUUCCUCAAUGAAAAGGAGCUCCUCUUUUGAGCAAACUCUUCGCCCAGCCGAAGUAUCCAUCAGUUGCCAACAAAAUGACAACAAAAUAUGAAAAAAUUCUAGCAAAAAUUACAGCUAAUAUGGAGAGACCAUACUUGCAGCAACCUCUCGGCUCAAGCGAAUCAUUUGAAUUUUAUCUCCAUUUCCGACCCUUCAACUUUGCCUUCACUUCCACACCAGCACAGCAACCACAAAAAACACCUUCUAAUGUCCACUGAGCUGGAUGCUGUCAUCUAGACCCACUCCAUCCCAUUGAAAGAAGCUCCUCUCUUGAACAAACUCCUAUCCCAGCAGAAACAUCCAUCGGCAGUCGACAAAACACAACAAAAACAUGAAAAAUGGAGCAAGAACAAACAAACAAACAAAGAACUCUAAAAAUUCAGAGACUAGACUUUGCUUCUCUUUGGUUAAGUGCAGGUUCUGGAAUGAAAAAAGAAAGGAAGAAGAACCACAGAAGGAACUCCAGGGGCAUGUGGACCUGAUGUCCCAGCUGAGGGAACCCCCGAGACAAAGCAUACCAGUUUUCAUUUAAAGGUGAAGAACCAUGACAACAGAGGACAUCUUUGUCUUCAAGAAGAUUGUCACAGUUCAUUCGGUCAUUCCCCUCUUUGUCCAUGUGGCUGAAUUCAGACUUUUGGUGGAGAAUGCAAACUGCAAACUGAGGAAGAUGGAGGCUAUUCUAAGGAACAUGGAACACCCACUUCAUAACACCUUAAUGGACCAAAGGGCCCAUGGUGGUGGACAGCCCCUCUCUCUUCGCUGCAGGACAGAAAGAUUCAGAAGAUCUUUUGUACCCACAGAAAUCAGACUCAAUAACUCUUCAAUAAAUAGUAGACUUUUUGAGAUAUGACAAGUGAGACUACAGACAACUGAAUUUCCCUUUGGGGAUAAAAUAAAGUUAUUCUUAUUUUUAAAUCACUACUACUGUGAUUAAAGACACCAAAACCGUUAACAGGGUCUAAAUGUAAUACUGAUGCUGUUUGAAUCAUUACAUUUGUGAUUAAUAUCAGUCAUUACAUCUCUGUUAGUGUGAUUAGCAUCAAUUUGAACAUCAACACAGAUUCUCAGUGCACCAAUGCUGCAUCUUAAAAUCCUUUUCAAUGUGGUGUCUAAUUAUCUUUGUGUCCCUCUUUGAAAGCUUGCUCCAGUUGCAGUGAUUCCCAAUUCAAUGAUUCUUUAUACCAAGAGUUGAUCAGACUUUGAUCAAAGAUUCAGAAUAUUCAGCAUAUCAACAUUAUUUAUGGGCCAUUUUCCACCCUGCUGUCUUAUAAUUGAUACUGGCAUCAACCUUUGAAAAACGUUAACCAGUGAACCUCUGCUGUUGUUAUGAGGUUUUUAUCUGGGUCAUAAAACUAGAUUAACAGCUGUCUUCUUAUAAAUGUGUGGGUAAGGGUGAGGAUCAGCAGUGACUGCUACACUUUUAUAAAUGUUAUCAAUACACAGUUUCCCAGUUCUGUCACUCCAAAGAGGAUUAGAAAUAAACAGAGGUUUUUGCCAUAGACUAUAUACUAUGGACAACCUGGUUCCGCCUUCCGCCUGUAUACGGAUUUGAAGCCAAAAAGCUCUCAGUAAUUCCGGGUUUUUCUCCACUUCCUUGAAACCAGAGCUGCGCAGUAGCGAUGCGCGCAUUCGGCCGCGCAGUCUCCGAGAGUCCCUGUGAUGACGCUCGGCUCAAACAGCGUAUCCCCCCUGGUGAGCUACACAAUCCCUGAACGCCCAUAGGCUGUACCAGGUGUCAAUCAUAGAAAACAUGAACCCCCUAAUAACUUUUAAAAACUGAGCUGUACAGAAAAAAAGGGACUUGGGCACAAACCAGUCUUACUGUAACUACAUGUCAACAUCACAAGCAGGGGGGAGAAAAAUUUAUGUUCUGUGUAAUAAAUUUCUAAAGUUUGUCCACAGUCCCAUAAACUUUGCUGGCGGAGGCGGGAUUUAUGACCUGUACUGCAGCCCACCAUCAGAGGGUGCUGUUCUCGAAAGGGCUUCACCCAGCGAGGAGGCAGACUCUGUCCAUUCUGCAUACAGUCUAUGGUUUUUGCCUAAAAGAUGUUUCACUUAACAGCUUUUAAGUUUGCAUACAGCUUUGUUGAUUUCAGUCAUGUAGAAUAGCAAUGCAAAUUCCACUGAAAUUAAAAAGGGUUAUUUUACAUGUCAGCCACAGUGAGGGACUAAGUUUGUGCUGAUUUUGGUGCCUUGUGUGCACUGAGUGGUGUUUGCUGAUUUUGUCCUGCUCUUAUGUAUUGACAAACUCCUGUCCUGUUGUUUGUUGACAGUCAAACUGAUCUCAUUGGACAAUAUUUGCCAUGGGUCAUGUAAAUAAGGUUGUAUCACCAGCAGCAGUUAAUCAUUUGGUGUGAUACUUGCCCUCCAUUAGUAGUUUCAGAUCCACCACAGAUGUACAUGUUUUGCUCUUGCUUUAAAAAAUACUUAACUGAUUGAAGAGGGCCUGAUUUCCUGGGUGCUUGCAUUGUUGCAGUGCGUUAAAUUGAUCAAUUCUCUUCACACUCUGAUUCCUCCUCCUCUUUCCAGGGUUGUUGGAGGAAGAUAACAGUUGAUGAUUCCAUGCCAUUUGAUGAAGACAACAACUUGCUUCUCCCUGCCUCCACCUGUCAGUCAGAGCUGUGGCCAAUGUUGCUGGCUAAGGCACUCAUUAAAGUGGCCAGCACAAAGUGAGUGACUGCAGAUUACAACAGCACCUCUAUAAUCAUCACAGUAAUCCUCCAAGGUGUUGAGUAAACCACCUCACUGGUGUAUAGCUAUGCAGCCUGUUACAACCCAGCUCGGGACGGGAAAGGACGUAACAUCAACCCCGGUUUAGUUGUAGUAAAAUGGUUGUUUAAUUGCAAAAUAAAUCAGGAAGUGCUGUUCCAACAUAAAUUUGAGGCAAAAAACAAAGGAAUAAGGAAUACUGCUCAAAGAAACAAACAACUGCAACAAAAGGCAACUCUUAAAUUUGAGUAAAGAAACCGGCCCCUAAUCAAAUUAACUCAACUAGCAGUUUUAAAUGAUCAAAUGGUCAGCAGCACCCUAAUCCUUUACAAGAUGAUAAAAGAAAUAUACAAUGUCGCCUCAACAGUAGUUAACACACGAAGAUCUCCCUAAAAAAGUGUCUACAGAAUGAACGCGAAUGUCUGCCCCCGAGCACUCCAAUCGGCAGCCUCUUUAACAGUCCACUCCCCUACGAUUGGUCCUGCUGACUUGGACCAUUAUCCAAUCCGCAGCUGUUCCUGUAGAAUCACAUCCACUUGCAGGCACACGGAGAGACACUUCCAAACAUGGUAAAAGGCAACACAGGUAGCCACCUUGAGAGAAAGGACGCAGCUGCAGCCGUAACACAGCCUGAGUUAAAGAGGCCACUGUAACAGCACAUAUUAAUGAGGAAAUUUAAUUCAAAUCACUUUAUCGGUCCCAGAAGGGUGACUUUAGAGGUACACCGAGUAGUAGUACAAGCACGACACAAAACAGGAGAAAAUCUAUGAAAUAUAAAUGUAUGUACCUAACAAGGUGAACUACACAAUUUACAGCUCCAACACCUGCUGAGCUCUCACAGAGUGUCCCUCGCUGACUCAGCCAAACCUUCACCUGACAUACUCUCUGCCUCGAGCUGUGCUGAAUUUGGUGACAGACAACUGAUGUGCGUGUCUGAGAUGAGGCAGCAUAGUGUGCACUAAGGUGGCUGUUGCAGUGUAGAAGGUCGAAGUAUAAAUGUUUCAUCCCAGACAGGAAAACACAGGUGCCUCUCUCCCAGUUCCUGGGGUUCUAAUAAUGGUUAAAACAGACAUAGCAAGCAACAUCCAAGCCAGAUAAGGCAACACAGAUAUCUUGAUGUUGACAGUGUCAUGUGUGGGACUUUCUCUGAGGAUACCCUAACCCUAAUACUUAAUUAUUGUUAGUCCAUGGAGGUCAAUAAUGCUAGUUUAUUUGUAUAGCACCAUUCAUACACAAGGCAACUCAAAGUGUUUUACAGAUGCAAGGAAAUAUAAUGGAAAUGAAAAAAAGAGAGAUAAAACAAUUUUGAAUCAAUCUUAAAAUCGAUCAUUUAUUAAAAUGUAAAUUAAAAUCAUUACUGUUGAAAAUGGCAGAGCAGUUGAUAUCAAAGUGGAAGUAAAAGAAACUGAAGCUGUAGGAAAGCAACAGUAAACAGGAAUGUUUUUAGCCCUGAUUUGAAUGAGCUGACAGUUUGAGCACACUGGAGGUGUUCAGGGAGUCUGUCCCACAGGUGAGGACCACAGAAGCUGAAUGCAGCUUUAUCCUGCUUGGUUCUAAUCCUGGAAACAAUGGAUAGACCUGUCCCUGACGACUUGAGAGGUCUGGAUGCUUCAUACCCAACCAGCAGCUCCGACAUGUAUUGAGGCCAAAGACCAUUGAGUGAUUUGUAGACUGGUAACAGGAUUUUAAACUCUAUCCUUUGACUCGCAGGGAGCAAGUGCAGGGACUUAAGGACAGGUGUGAUAUGGUCCAUUUUCCUGCUGUUGGUCAGGACUCUGGCAGCAGCUUUCUGGAUGAGCUGCAGCUGCUUGAUUGAUUUUUCACUGAGACCUGUUAAGACACCAUUGCAAUAAUCUAACCUACUAAGAAUAAAUGCACAAACAAGUUUUUCCAUGUCUUGUUUAGACAGAAAUUUGUAUAAUUUUAUGCACUGAUUCUACCACACUGGAUGUUAAGUUCCUGCAUAUUUUCUAAAACUAAUUUUUCUGUGUUUGUGCAUUAGUGUCAUGUCAGAGGUCUGCAAUGAGAUGGGUGAACUCACCUUCACCCACAUUCUCACUGGAUGGAUUCCAGAAGUCAGUCCUAUGAGGUAGACCCCCAUGAUCUGUCAUCUCCUUUUGUUAUUGUAUUUUUCGAAAUAUCAUGCAUGCCUACUUCUUUUUGAGUCUAAAUUUAUACGGCUGUUACAAUUUUCUGCUUUAUAAUUGGAAAUGUUAGAAUUGAUCAAACUUCCUAAUGUUGUGUAGCAUUGAAUGAACACAUGCAGCCUCAAAUGCUGCAUACCCCCUCUCCAGUUGUACACAAUUUAAGCUAUAGGGCUCUAUUUUCGUGCUCGUCGUUGGCGUGGCGGAUGGUGGCGCACCCCAGGCAGUGGUAUUUUCCAUCUGGCCGGGCGCACAGCCAGUUUGGCAUUUUCAUAGACUGAGGUACUCUGAGGUGUGCCAAGCUGGGCGUGGGGGUGCGGCAGGGGGAGGUGUCGACAGAAUCAGCUGGCACAGUGACAUUUUCUUGCUCGCCGGCGGCGUGAAAAGUGCACUGAAAGCUUGCCGAUUCAAACCUGGUCAGCUUUCAGCGCAGGCACCUUCACCUUGAGGCAAUUACAGCUGUAAACAAGUUGAUACAUAAUAUUGAUCUAGGAAAUUUAGUUGAUUUCAAAAUGUUUCAACAGCUUUUAAAACAGUGCCUUUGAUUUCAUGGUCAGCAAGGUGUCCACAGGUUUUUGGGGUUAAAUAAGCAUUAAAAUUAAAUCUUACUGCUAAACAUUAGCUCUCAUAGUUGUUAUAACUCAAAUUUGUUUUUCUAUUGUUGGUAGGGGGACACAUAGUGAGCAGGGAGCUGGCCCUUGUAGAACUGUUUGUAUAAACAUUACUUACUUGGUAGUGGUGCGUAACUUACAGGCAGUAAGUUACGUAACGUACGGAGCAUGCAUAUAAAGGUUUUGUGCCCUAUGCAGUUCAACAAUCUGUAAAGAAGACACCAGUGUGUGAUGUUAUCGUUUCAAGGGAGAAGGAUAGGCAUCCACAUGGAGACAAAAUUGCAGUCGUUAUAUAUGGAUUUAUGCACUCCUGGACCCGUUUUCAAAGCAUUACAUUCACCCGAAAUACCAUUUGCAUGUGGAUGAAACGUCAAUAUGACAUUUACUCCUGAUGUUUUUUGUUGUGUAGACAGGACCUAAGCGAUGUACUCAUCAGCUCUGUUGGAGUUUCCUGGAUUACGAGACACUUCAAAACAAGCACAAAAUUGGUCAGCACGGUAGACUGUAUCAAAAAUUUGAUUUUUUAUCAACAUCUAAAAUUGUCGGUCUAAAUUUUUGCACCUCAGGGGAUGACUCUAUUCUCAGGUCCGCCUCGCCACUGGUGAGGCAUAAAAAUAGAGCCCUAUAGCUUUAAGAUAAAGUCACAAAGGUAUGUUGAUUUUUCCUCAAAAGAAUCCAGACAGAGAAAAGCACAUGUAAAAAUGAAAUGAUCUGUCAUUUCAAGGGAGGUUGCAUGUCAAAAUGGAGGAUCUCAGCUUGCUUCCAAUCAAACUCUAUUGAGCAUAUCUUUUGGAUUAAAGCAGGGAAGAAUUAUUUUCAACAGCUCAGCAGGAUUGCUGCUGUGUCUGGAUUACCUGUGGAAUCGAUCAACAUUCACACAACCUGAACGUAGAAUUUUGUGUUGCUGGUUGAUUUAGUGGAUUUUAGAUCUUUUAGUUGUGUACCAUCAAAAAGUUGUUCCUCUCAUCGCAUUUAUUUCUAUCUUAUAAAAAAGAGCACUGCAACCAGUCAUAUAGAAUAAGGGGAAAAACUACUUAGAAUUGUCAUAUAAAGUUGGUUAAGAUUUAGAUUAAUGGCCAUUGUUUGGUUCAAAAAAAUCUUGAGGUGCACUCAACUUUAAAUUUAAGUCAAAUUAAUACAUUCUCAAAAGAAAAAAACAUUUACACUAUGCCGUAAUGCAUCAUCACAAGCCUACUGCUGUCUUUUCAGAAUAAGAAUAAGAAGAACUUUAUUAAUCCCUGAAGGGACAUUCAAUUGUCUGUUGUCUCACAUUAUAUGUCUUUAAAAGUUAUCUCCUAUUUACACUAGAGUUAUGAAGCCUGAUGGCUGUUGGUACAAAAGAUCUUCUGAAUCUUUCUGUCCUGCAGCGAAGAGAGGGGCUGUCCACCACCAUUGGCCCUUUGGUCCAUUAAGGUGUUGUGAAGUGGGUGAGCCAUGUUCUUGAGAAUAGUCUCCACCUUCCUCAGUGUAGAUCUCUCCACCACAUCCUCCACUGAGUCCAGCUUGAUCCUACCACAGAGCCAGCCUUUUUAACCAGUUUGUUGAGACACCUUGCAUCUUUGUGUUUGAUGCUUCCUCUCCAGCAGACUGCAGCGUAGAACAGAACACUUGCCACCACAGACUGAUAAAACAUCUGCAGCAUCUUAGUACAGAUGUCUAUUGAUUGGAGUCUUCUCAGGUAAAAGAGGCAGCUCUGCCCCUUUCUGUAGAUGAAGUCUAUAUUCUUAGACCAGUCCAACUUAUUAUCCAGAUGUACACCUAGGUAUUUAUAUGAUGUCACCACUUCGAUGUCCACUCCACAGGUGUUCACUGGCUGGAGAGGGGGUUUGGAUCUACGGAAGUCUAUGACCAUCUCCUUUGUCUUUGAGGUGUUGAGGAGGAGGCAGUUUUUGUGACUCCAGUCACUGAAGGCUCUUAUCAGAUCUCUGUAUUCAGAUUCUUGUCCAUUUCUGAUACAUGCCACAAUAGCGGUGUCAUCUGAGUAUUUCUGGAUGUGGCAGGACUCAGUGCUGUAUUUGAAGUCUGACGUAUACAGUGUGAACAGGAAUGGCGCCAGCACUGUCCAUUGUGGAGCCCAUGUACUGCUCAUUAAUGUCCCAGAAACACAGUUCCCCAGCCUGAAAAACUGUGGCCUUCCUGUCAGGUAAUCUGUGAUCCAGGAAACACAGAAAGGGUCCAUUCCCAUCUCUGUAAGCUUGUCUUUUAGUAUGUUGGGUUGGAUGGUGUUGAGUGCACUCACUUGAAAAGUCAAAGAACAUGAUCCUCACAUAAACCCCAGGUUCCUCCAGAUGAGACAGGGCACAGUGAAGCAUAUAGAGAACAGCAUCAUCCACUCCAAUGUGUUCUUUGUAUGCAAACUGCAGGGAAUCCAGUUUGUCUUUGACCUCAGACCUCAGAAGGCGCAGAAUCAGCCGCUCCAGGGUUUUCAUAAUGUGUGACGUGAGGGCCACUGGUCUGUAGUCAUUGAGUUCAGCAGGGCAUUUUGUUUUUGGUACUGGCACGAUGCAGGAUGUUUUCCACAGAGUAGGUACCCUCCCCAGCUGUAGACUCAGGUUGAAGAUCCUGUGGAGAGGUUGACACAGUUCUGCAGUCUUCCAUGCUCCAUCCUCACCCCUGUUUUGGUGACAGACAAGGACUGGUGUUCUAGGAGGGAGGCAGUUGAAGUGGUUGAGACCUUUGAAUGAGAUGGAGGAGGAACUAGAGAAGUUGUAGUGGAGAUUUGUUGCAGGGAGAAAGGUGGAGUAGCAGUGGAAGUGGGUGUGACAACAGUGUCAAAUCUGUUGAAGAACAGGUUGAGUUCCUCAGCUCUUCCCAGAUCACCCACCACUGGCUGUCUUUUCUUUUCAUUGCUUUGUCCAGAGAUGGUACUGAUUCCUCUCUACACUUCACGGAUGUUGCUGUGUUGUAGAUUCUUCUCUAAUUUCUUUUUGUACUCCAGCUUUGCCAUCUUCAGUCUCCUCUUCAACUCUUAUUGCACUUUUUUGAGUCAUUCUUUGUCACCAUCUUUAAAAGCUUUCUUUUUCUGGUGAAGGAUUGCUUUUAUGUCACUUGUGAUCCAGGGUUUGUUGUUGGGGAAUCAGCGAACAGUCUUUGUGGGUAUAACUGUGUCUCUAGAGAAGUUGACAUAUUCAGUGAAGAGGGCAACCUCUUUGUCAAUGUUCAUACUAUCCACAUCUGUUUCCAGCAGCACAUUCCAGUCUGUUGAUUUAAAACAGUCCCUUAGAGCUUCACUGGCUUGAGGUGUCCAUCUUCUGAUUUUGACUUUGGUCACAGGCUGCCUCAGUACACAAGGUCUUUAACAGGUUUGCAGAUAGACCAAGUUAUGAUCUAACUUGCCCAGUGGUGUUAAGGCAGGGCUCUGCUUCUUUGACUUAAUUCUCUCGGAACAUAAUAUGGCCGAAGAGCAACUGCCAACAGUUCAAUAUCUGGACAACACAACUUCUUUUUGACAGUUAUGUGUGAAGGGUUACACCAUCUCUGGUUGACAAAUAAAGCCAGACCUCCUCCUUUCUUCUUGCCACUCACUCGGCGAAGCACGAAAAUAGAGCCCACUGUAUUCACAAAGUGACAUCCUGUCCUGUUUUGUUGUAUGUGCUACUUUUAAUCAUACGAGCUUGAUGAAGGCUGUUGUAUCUUAUUUUAAUUUUAUCUUAUUCUGUCUGCCUCAAAGUCAGCUCAUAGAUUAUUUGUCGGGCACACUAAACUGCAAGUAAAAAUGCUCCACUGCUAUUGAUAUUAAUUUGUUUUGGUUACAAAUGGCAAACAAUAGUGUUGGACUUUGGAAGUCACACUUAAAAGUGGGGUAGGCAGGAUCUGAUGAAGUGCCAGUUUUUGGGAGGAAUCUUGAAUGUAAACACUACCCCUCCCAACCAGUUUUCCCCUCAGCUCCUCCUCUCCCCUCCAUCUUUGCUCCAAAAAGCCCCGCCCACAAACAGACGCUCCUGCUUGCUUGUUUCAUUUAAAUUAAAUUCAGAUAUAAUGCAGAUAAUUACAAAUGGGGCCUAGUCAACGUGUAAGUAAAAUCUUUGGUGCUACUGUAGAUGCCAACAGACUACCAGCAAACACAAUGUUUGCAGGACUUCUAAGGUGGUCUUUACACGAAUACGUAUUUGUAAGACACCGGUAAAAUAAACUAUCGAUCUGGUGAUAUUGACACACAGAGACGCAUAUUCGUCCAUGACUCCACAACUUUUUUGAAAACGGGUUUGCAGGUGGAUAUCUGUGUAUUCGUCUUCAUGCCUUAUUUUCAUGUCUUAUUUUUAUUUUUAUUUUUCUUCUCCCUUUUUCCUUUUUCUAAAUUUUUUCUUAAUUAUUACAUUUAUUUAAGUUCUUAAUAUUAGGAUCUUUAUUUUUAUAACUGCAUUUUUGCACUCUUUGUCUGUGAUGCUGCUGUGACAAAAAAAAUUUCCCCCAUGGGGGAUCAAUAAAGGAAUAUUCUAUUCUAUUCUAUUCUAUGCCGCAGUUGGUAUAAAUAGAUAAGUCCAGAAAAGACGGUGACUUCAUAGCACCCCUCCUCCUCCCCGCCCCCCCAACCCAUGUUGUCACACACACACAGCAUGUAUGUAUGCACAUGCACAUUCUCUGUUUUUGGUGCUUUCUGGCAAUUUCACAGUGUCACCUUUAGGCCGGGCGUAUGUACUACAGGAUUUUGCGUGGAUUUUGGGUUGUCAUGUAAAUGCACUAAGCCUAUGUACAAUACGAUGUGUAAACAGUGAUACAUGUUUUGGUACAGACGCCAAGACAAUACGGGGCCAUCCUUCGUUAAAGCGGUUUACCUGUCCAGCAGAAAGAUUACAGUGCCCGUAAGAUCCUGAUGCGUCCCCCAUUGUUUAUGAUUUAUUGAUGUUGACCAGGCUUUUUUGCUCUUGUCCCCUCUACCUCCGUUGAACUGCUCGAUUUAGAUUUAGAAUUUCACAAGAAGAAUAUUACGAUCUUUAUUUUUAUAUCUGCAUUUUUGCACUUUCUUUGUCUGUGAUGCUGCUGUGGCAAAAAAUAAAAAAUAAAAAAUUCCCCAUGGGGGAUUAAUAAAGGAAUAUUCUAUUCUAUUCUAAGAAAAAUUAGUUGAGGUGGAGUAAAAUGUAUGUCACAUUGAUAUUGUUGCUCGGCUCACCCUCCUCUCCUCUCAUUUGUAUCACCAUGAAUCAUAAGUUUGAUUAAAAAGAUAUCUUUAACAUAAAAAUGCAACUAAAAUAACGAGAAAAGCCAUUUUAACUUAAGUCAAAAAUGCAGUUGGCUUUAGCAAAGUUACAGGUAUUUAAGAAAAUUGUUAAAACGUUUAACCUAUAUACACAGCAAUAAUGUAUUCCCCUUGUAUUCUGUCCUAACCAUAAUCAUAAUUUCUACUGCACUUAGGUUUGUAAACCUGGGAAAAACAUGGGAUUUCUUACAAGAGGCCAUACCUGUAUUUACACAUCCAGAUGAAAGUUUGUCAGACACAGAGCCCCAGGCUGCAGAUCCAGCUGCAGGGAGAGAAUCCUGCCCUAAUGACAGUAGGAGUCUGCUGCGAGGGCCAGAGAAAAGUGAAGGUUUGAAUGGCACCACAGUCAAUCAUGCACAGUCACACAGUGAGGCACACAAUCAUGUAUACCCGCAAACAUACUCAAUUACACACUUUGCUUCCAUAUGUAAUUGCCCAAGUCAAUUUAAUUAAUCACCCAUUAGAAUAUGAUCACUGGUAUGCAUGCAAGACUAAAACAGCAUCUUAUUCACUUAUCAAUGGAUUGUUUAAAAAUGAUAUGAUGUGUUUCUCGUGCUGUGUAUACCUUUGUGCACUUGCAGCUCCUUAUAUUUUUGUUUGUAUGCAUGUGAAUCCAUUGUGAAUGCACAGCAGUGUGUGGGUAUGUUUUCAUCGCCCCCACCCCCUGCAUCCAUAAUUCAACUAGUAUGGAGCAUGAAAAUGAAUAUUUCAUUGUUCUGCAGAAACUUGCACUUAUCAAUGAUUCCAUUCUCAUACUGCAGGCAUAUCCCCUGCACAUUUACCACUGUCAUUGUAUAGCUUAGUGAUUAACUUCAGCACUGGCAGGCCUGGGGUCACUCAGUGCCAUGUUGCGAAAUACAUCAAUUUGUGUAAUCAGUCAGCCGGUGCCCCUCCAUCCUCUUCCUGUUUUUUCAAGCAUCACUUCCUGUUUCCUCAAACUCAUGUAUAAUGGAGCACGGGGAGUUAGUGUGUGUAAGGUGGACUAUAAAUAAAGCAGCAGAGGGAGCAGUGGUAGGGUGAAUUAUUCGGCGCUCCCUCAGGGCAAGAGAGCUUCCCAAGGCAAGUGUGGUCAUGUGAUGGAACAGGAUUGAGUAACGUCAUCAGAAAAACGUGUGUGGCUUGGAGUUGUCUCGGGUGCUUUAGGUACAGAGAUCAAGUAUUCUCCAUCAAGGUUGUAUUAUCAAUUGAAGAAAAAAACUCUUAAACUUAUUAUUGUGGCAUUUUUGCCUUUGUUUGAUUAGGCAACUGUGGAUAAAGAUAAUAGAAAUGCGCUUUGGAUUCAUCUUAUAUUAUAUUUUUCUUAUAUUUUUUAAAGUAUAGAUACACCUGGUCGUCUCUCAAUUGGAGGACUUGGGAUUCGAUCCAGAGUACCACUGUCCACAUGCUAAAGUAUUCUUGAGUAAAACACACAACCUCAAACCUUCCCCCAAUAGCUGUGCCAGCAGUGUGUGAAUAUUUUAAAGCAUUAGACAGAUGCAUGACAUGGUGCUCUACCCACAUGCAUAGAUAGGAAACCUUACACAUUCACUCUUGUGCUGCUAACUAUCACAUUCAAUUGAAAUGCAUAAAUUGAAAAUGCAACAAUCAUGAUGUAGCGAGAGAACCACUUCUCUGUUCAACUCUUAAUGUGUUUCCUUUAUAUUAGUGUAGCUGUGCUCCCAUCUUCCUUCACUGAUGCCCCUUAAAUUGAGUUUUCAUGUCUCCUGGCUCAUGUGCUCCUUAUAUCAUACACUCUAACAUACCAUAGGAGGCAGGGUGAUCCAUGGAUAACCUACAUAUUUCAUAUGACCUUUCACCUGCAUCUUACCUGUGGGUCAUUUAUGCAUUUAUAUAGCCAUGAUUUCAUAUUGUAUUAAUUUGUAACUGUUGCUCUUUAUUGUAUUCUAUUACAUUUACUGUUCUUUGCAAGUCUUCAUUAUAGAUUAUAUUAUUAUUUGCAAAAUGUUUUUAAAAGGAUUGUGUGUAUUUAUGUGAAUUUAUAGCCCUAGUCAGCCUCCCCUGCUUUUUUUUUCUCUUCAGGUCUUCCAGAGGUGCUAGUGUGUGCCAGCUAUUACCCUUUGUAUCCACAUAAUAACUCAUAUGGAUUUGGGCAGAUGGUAAGUCUCUUUCUCAACUCAUCCGCUACUGCUGGCUCUACAUACACUGACUUAUUCAGUGCAAGUUUGGUUCGUAGGUCAUACAGUUGCAUAUCUGCAGCUAUGAGAGGUAUUUAACCUUUGGAAAAUUGCAGUCAAAUCUAUAAUCUAUCUAUAUGCAGGAAAAGGAUUUAUAUCCUGUUUCAAAUCCCGCACAGUCUGGAGUUACUUUUGGAAGAAUAUAAAAUGUCGCAAGAGAGCCUCAGUGACCAGUAAGCCACAAUUUUUCUUUUGGUUUUGGCAGUUAAUUUUUUAAGUACCACUCAACAACCAAAAAGACUGGUUCUACUAGAGCAUAGGAACUGGUGCAUCACAAUGUCACCGAGCUUAUUGAAUACCAAGGUCCAAAUCUUUCUCCUGGCACAAAGCGUUUUGGCUUACAUUGCACGUGUCAUUAUCUCCUAUUUUGUAAAUAUUUUUGUGGCCAAUCGAAGGAAAAAAGCUGUUCUUGCCACCUUAGCUCAGUGUGUUUAAGCAGAAAGAUUGGAAUCUGCUGUGCAUGCAACACAUCUGCUUGCAGGCACAACUGUCUCUUAGAGGGAAUGAGAGUUCGCUGGUCAACUCAAAAUGUGGUCAGAAACAUCAUUUUUUUAAGUCAUGUAUAUAGCCAUUUUUCCCUUUAUUGAAUAGGAACACUGAAGACAGACAGGAAAUAUAGAAAGUAGAGAGGGGGAAGACAUGCAAUCAAUAAGUUCCCAGCAACCACUGUGGUGAGGACCAUGGCCUCUAUACCUGGGGCGCAUACUGCUAGGCCAUUGGCACCCCAAGGUCAGACACAUCCUGUUUCACUUUGUGCACUUCACACAAUGCCUUUAAGAUUGUGUUACACCAAAAAAAAAAAGUCAAUGUCAAUGUCAGCUUUAUUUAUAUAGCACAUUUAAAAACAGCCAGUGGCCUACCAAAGUGCUUUACAGUAAAACAGCCAGAGACAGUAAAAACAAUAAAAAAACCUAUAAAAACAAUAAAAGCAUAAAACAUAUAAAAACAUAAAACAACAAUAUAGAUAAACACAGCACAUAAAUAAAAUACCAAAUAAAAGCAGCUUUACUUCCCCAAAAGCUAAAGUGAACAGGUGGGUCUUCAGAAGUGUUUUAAAAGUGGAAAGGCUGUUAGCAGUGCGCACUGUAAGGGGUAAAGCGUUCAACAAAGUGGGAGCCACGACAGAAAAUGCUCUAUCUCCUCUAGAUUUUAAAAAGGAUCAAGGAACGUCUAAAACCACCUGAUUAGCUGACCUCAGGGUUUUGGAGAGAUAUUCCGGGGCCAGCCCAUUCAGAGACUUAAAAACAAAUAAAAGAAUCUUAAAAUCUAUCCUGUACCUAACAGGGAGCCAGUGAAGAAAGGCAAGCACCGGAGUUAUGUGCUCUCAUUUCUUGGUCCCAGUUAGGAGAUGAGCUGCAGCAUUCUGAAUGAGCUGCAACCGGUUGAGCUUUGAUUUGCCAAUGCCGACAUACAGGGAAUUACAGUAAUCUAAACAAGAUGUGAUAAAAGCAUGGAUAACUUUUUCAAGGUCCUCCUGGUUUAAAUAGGAUUUAACUUUGGUGAGAAUCCUUAGCUGAUAAAAGCUAGAUUUGACCACUGUGCUGACCUGUUUGUCAAAUUUAAAAUCACCAUCAAUAAUAAAACCAAGAUUCCUGGCAUGUGACCCUAUGUAAGGUGCCAGUGAGCCAAAGGAGCUGGCAAGGACCUGAAUCAGGUCAGGGCGACCGAACAGGAUGACCUCUGUUUUGUUUUCAUUUAAUAAAGAAAAAAUUGAUCCAUCCAUGUCUUUACAUCAUUCAUGCAGUUAAGCACGACCUGCAAAGAGUCUUUGGUCAAAAAAAAAAAAAAAAAAUCUAUCAAAGGAAUAGGAGUGUUAAUAUGCUUAGUCCUCUCUGUAGCCAGCAGUCAAUCGCUCAAAUCACUCAUUAGUAGACAUGCUGUAAAACUUUCUCAGAUUUUUAAAACAUUAAUAGAGGUAUAAUGACUUUAGUACCUCUAUUUUAUCACACAGUAUUGUGAAUACUAACCAUAGGCCUAUAGUAUUAUAGGGGUGGAGAUAAAACAUAAAAGGGCUUGUGACCUGGGGGCAUGGUGUCUUCUAUUUGGAUACUUUGCCUCAACAGGCCUCAAUGGUUCAUUUAUCUAUAGUCAUGCUUCGUUAAUUGUUAGACAGUUAGCAGAUUUUUCUUCUGACAGAGAUGUUACAUCACCUCUUUGAUUUUAGCUUGAGCCAGAAUCCCAUUUUGACAGUUUAACCUAACUCAUCUGUAGGUUUGAUUAAUCAUAGUUCCACUAACAAAACCUUGACAGUGGAUAGUUUUUUAUCUAUAAUAUGUGAGAGGAUUAGGAAGGGAAGGGAUGAAAGAGGUCAAUGUAGGGUGGGAGUCAAGAAGGGGUGCAGGUAGUUUUGGCUGCCAGGGGGUGAGGGAUCAAGAUGUAAGGGACACAUCUUGUUAGACCAUCCUGUUGGGUCUUGAGGGUCUUGAGAACCAAGACACAUGAUAAAGAAGGCAUCGAGAAGCUGAAUUCAGUCAUAGCACAGACACUUUACUGGCAAUACUCUGCCACCAUAAGAAACAUCUCCAAGAAUGACGAGAGUUGUCUGACUGAAGUGUGUUUUCAUUCUAUGCAUUUGUCUUGUCACAUGCUUGCACGCAGGCUAAUUCCUCAGAGUUUCUCCGUCAGUACGGUCUCUCCUUGCUGCACAGUCAUAUUGUCCUGCUGACCAGAACCCGAGCAUGCAAGCUGGAGGCACCACCCAAACCUCCACCUGUGCCCAGAUGGAAACUCAUCCGCCAUCGCAAGGAGAUUGUGAUCACUGAUGAACCACAAAGUGCGUGAGAGACAGAGAGGGAGGCAGGAAACAAAAGAGAUAUCAGAAUUGAAUUUGGAAGAAUAGGUGGUGGAGGGGAAACUAGGAGGAGGAUGCAUGGGAGGAUAUCAAACAAAUGAAAAAGCACAAAUUAUGUGAUAGUGUAGGUGAGUUUCAUAAAUAAACAUGCUUAGAAAAGAGAGCGAGCGCUAAUGCAGGAGAUUCAAAAGCUGCAGCACAGAGUGCAUACAGUACCACGUGUCGAAAUGAAAAAAGGUGGAGGAAAGAUACAAUAAUUCUGUAAUGAAAAUAGCUGCUGGCUCAGGCUAUCUGACAUCAGCUGAUCUCUGAGAGAAACAAAAAAGUGCAGUAAAAAGCGUAACAUGGUGAAAUAGCAGUGCUGGCAUGAUGUGUGAGAUUUUUUUUCUCCUCUUCUCUUUAUUGUAGAGCUUCCUUUGUCAAAACCAGAGCGGUUCAUAGAGGUUGCCAGCCCUUUUCUCUCCUACCGUUUUAAGAGCAGUGUUGGCCCAAUCCAGGAGCUGUGCGUAUACAGAAAUGAUCCAACCUCCAUAUCUAAAACUUAGAAAUGGAACAGCACCACUUAUUUUUUUCUUGCUCUGCUCCUCUGCAUGUGUUGCUGUGUUGAGCUGGUAAGGGAGUAUUUCACUGUUCUACAGCUAACCUGCACUAUGACCUUCCUGUGGAGGGAGGAAACUUUCAUCUUGGAUUCAGUGUAGUAUAUUCACCUGACUGAUUUUCUCCACUUUCCUGCCAUCACCCAUUUGCUUCUCUGUUUCAUUCCUGAAGGGGCAAUGAAAAAUUAUGUCUUUACAUACCUAUAACUACAUGAAAUAGUCUCAUCUUUGUUCUCCUUUGCUUGCUAUUUAACAAUGUUAUAACAACAUAUUGGUUCCCACUUGACUAUAACUGUACACAUCAAGGCAGUGCUGUGUUAGUUAUGCUGUUCCAGUGUCAUUCCACGUCCAUCAUGGGUCAAGCAUGACUCAUUCUUGGAAAUGAUACGGUGUGUUGCCUCAAAUGUGUUGCCAUGAGAUGGAAUCGUGUAUGCCAUGAUGAUAUGAUGCCAUAUGUCGGCAUAACCUGUAGCAUGAAAAUGUGUCUUUGUGUAUCAGAGCGGCCGAGCAGAGCACUCAAGGGAAGCGUUCCCAUGGUUCCCUUCUGGUGUCCAUUACUGAGAGAGAAGAGAGUGAAUGCAGAGAAGGCCAUGAACUCAAUCCUGCAGAAUGUUUGACAAACACAUCAAUCAAUACAUCUGAAACAACAGAGGUACUUUGACAUUCUUUCUGCAUUUUCUCAUAAAAGUCAUUUACAUUUGGUGUGUGUGCAUUAAACCUCUACAAAAGAUUUUCAGGAAAUAUAUUUGAUCCUGGGACGCCUUCUAUAGAGAAGAGCUCAUAUGCUGGUGCAUACAUACAUUUAUUGUUUUAAUGUUGGAUAGUUAUACAACAAAGUUUCAAAUUGGGAGGUAACACUAUGGAUGAAUAACCCCUCAGAGCGAGGGGCAGCCAUGUCCCCAGUUGAAAUGUGACUGGUUACCCAAAAACCUACACUAUGAUUGGAUUUGUCUUGUCAGAGGCCAGACUUGCUUGCAAAACCCAGAAAUCUUUUAUUGUAUUUCAGUUUCCUUUAACACCGAACACUUUUUCCAUAAUGCUGAGAUAAUUAUUACCUUUGUCAUGUAACCGUUAACAAUACUGCCCCUGUUGACUAAAUUAAAUCAAACAAAAGACAUUUAGGUGCACUUUCUUAGCUAAAUUAACUUGAAUACUUGUUUUUUCCCUUUUUUUGGUUUGAGGAUUGCUUUACAUGAAUUUUUAAACCUAACCCUUACCCUAACUGUAACCCUAAACCUUCUGUUUCACAACUUAAUCCUAGAGAAAAACUGUACAUCACUGGAAACUGCGAAAUACCAGCAAGCCAGAAUUGCUGUUGUCUGCUCCUGUUAUUUCCUCAUCUUCUUUUAUUUCUCCCCCGACCCCUCUGUCUACCCUGUAAAUAUGUAGUUGAAGGCUCAUCCGAGCAGCUCUGUGUGUCAGUGACAACAAGGCUGCCAUCCCCCCAUUCUCAAAGUCACUUAUUUUGUCUCCCAGUCAGGCUACCACUGACCAGGGGCACAUCUGCACUAAAGACAGCACCAGCAAGAGAGGGGAGAUGAGGAGGGAUGUGAAGUGGGGUUAGAGCAACCUCAGAGACACACAGACAAAUGCUGAAAGGAGCACAGAAUCAAAGGGGGGUGGGGUGGGGUGGGGGCAAUGAUGCUGAAUAAAAAGGAAUAGGAAGACUGACAAAUGGACAGAAAGAGACAGUUGGACUGAAAGGGAUAAAAGCAGCACAGGAAAUGGGGGGAGAUGGGAAAGGAGGAUCUCUGGUGUGCGAUGGGGCGCACAGGUUUCUAACAGGGAGAGGUCGUGUACCACACUGAUGAAAAAAGCAGUGCAAUUAGAUGGUGAACCAUCAGUGUCUGCGCCUCCUGGGGGGUUCAUUAUUACACUUCACUCCUAGCAUACAGAGAAAAAAUAGAGUUCAUAUUAAUCGCCCUCUUGUGUAACUGUGACCAGUUAUAGAGCAGCCAGGCUAGGGCAGUAUGGACAUGCUAAUUUGAUGUGUCGUUUGAUGUGCAUGCGCACAUGCACUGAUGUGGACUGGUUGGUGUAUGUGCCAUAUAUGUGGCACAUUUUUUGCUCAGUGUAUGUGCCUGCUCUUUGCAAGCACAUGAUGGUCACAUGUCAAGGAAACGGUACAUCAAGUGAGUAGGGUUUUUUAGCUGUUUUGAAGCCUCCCUUUAAUUCUAUGAACCCUGGCUGACCCUCAUGCAUCAACCUCUGUACCUAUGUAGCUGUUAGAAUUGUACAGACUGUAUCAGAUAUUGUUUAACAGCCUCAAUGGCCUACUCACUCAACAUUAGAGGGUUAUAGAUCCUAGUGUAACUGUGCAUUUUUAAUCUUUAAUGUGCUUGGAAUGGAUAAAAUCUUCUAAUCACCAAAUCCCCUUUAUGGUUUAAUGAAACACUCUCCCAGUAUUUCAUCGUGAACCAAGGAUCAGUGGAUUUCCUUGCACCUGCAGAAUUUGAGGAGCCACAAAGAGGUUUUUAGGGCAGGUGUCCACAAUUGGCAUUGUUUGUUUUUAUCUCAGUUGCUUCAAAACAGGUGCUGUUAGUUUAGGGGCCUGUUCUACGAAGCAAGUUCAACCUAGCGAGGUAGCAUUGGAGCUACCUUGCUCAACUUAGCACGGUAGCCAGUAGUCUCGCUAAACGGUCUUACGACGCUGGUUAUCAACCUCGUAAGUUGAUCCAGCUUUGCUAUGAGCGCGUUCACUCAUGUAAGGCGGAGCCUGCCGCAUCUGACCAAUCGCGAACAUGGACCGGUCUGGAGCAUCAUAGCAGGCCGGAGAGCGAAGGACCGCGGACUUGACUUUACAAAUGAGGAGCAGGAGACGAUCAUGAGAAAGUAUGAAGAAUUCAAAUCUAUCAUAAACCUCAAAAGCAACACCGUCACCGCUGCAAAAGCACGGAGAGAAUGCUGGCAGAAAAUUAAUCUUUGAUGCCAUUAUCACACUGAAAUAGCACUGUUCAACAUGCGCUUUUAACUAAGGUGACCAGACGUCCCCGAUUUCCAGGGACAGUCCCCGAAUUGGAUGAUCUGUCCCCGGCUAAAUCUGUCCCCGAAAAUGUCCCUGAUUUAAGCGUUUCAUGAAUGAGAACUAAAAUGUUGCAUGUGGGCCAGAACAACGGUUAUUACACUGGGUAGGAAGCACAAGUAAGCAGUCCUGAACAACAGUAUUUACGGGGGUUAUUACAAGGGGCGUGCGCUGCUACUAAAUAGUACAGAGAUGUUGUCUGUGAUUACACAGCCCAUGCAGCCCAUGCCCAUUCAUUUCCAAGACGAAUUCAUUCAUUUGUUCAUUCCUAUCGUGUUUACAUUUUUUGUGUGAUAUGUCGGCCAUAUGAGCCUUUCAUAAAGGUGGUCAUCCGGAAAAGGAAGUGGGUCCGUGCGGUCCCUGAAAACUCUCAAGCGCCGGAGUGCUCCUCAGGCAAUGCGAGUACCGAGGUCUAUAGGAUCCUCCAAGAACGGACAAGCCAUUUUUCGAGAGAGCUCAUUGGUCAGUGGGCGGGGUUUUUAUAAUCUGUGAGUUCAAUCUGGAACCUAACCUGCCCCGGAGCAGAUUAGCUCUUCAGUGUAUGUUGCCAUGGAGACUCGCCUCGCUAAGAAGUGAACCCGCGUCGUAGAACAGGAAACCCUGAACUUAACCUCGAAGUUACCUCGCUAAGCAGUAAUCCUGCCUCGUAGAACAGGCCCCAGACCUCCACUGUUGUUGUUGACAAAGUUGAUAUCAGAAAACCCACCCCCUCCUUGAUUUUGAUUGGUUGGUGAUAGAAAUGUGUUAUUAGGUGGCUUUACACGAAAACUUCUGAUCAGAUUAAAAUGGAAAAGAAAACAGUAAUUUCUAUAAGGUUCUGUUGGCAAAUGUUUUGUGCGUUUCUAGUCUACCAUGACUCAAGAUCAUGCCACAAAAUCACCUGGUUUUGUAUGGAAAAUAGGCAAUAAAACAAAUGAAAUGGACACAGGCCCUUAAACUUGAUCUUGUGAUUUUUUUUAUAUGAACUAAGAUACAAUUAAGGGUCAAAAGUGAAAAUUUUACCUGUGGUUGUGUAAAAUUAAGCCCCACGAAUAAAGCCCCAUGAAGUCCGGGAUUAGAUAUAUGCACCGUCUUCCAUUGAACCCACAGCUGUAAUCUGAUCACUGCAAAAAAAAAAAUCCUUGCCCUCCAAAAGCUCUGGCUUAAAUCCCCGGAGCCAUGUGCGUAUGAGCUACUCAUCACAGUGUCUUCUUACAACACACAGGUAAGUGAUCUAAUAAAGCAGCAUACUGUGGGCGGACAGAACGUACCAUGCCUUGGUGCUUGACUCAGAGUCUCAUGUACCCUUGUGAGAACACGCACACAUUUACAUUUUUUCUCAGAGUGAAAGUGUGGCUAUUGUCGUCAAGAGGAGCUCAAGUGUGCUUCCAGUCACAAUGCCUCUUUCCAUCUGUCUGGGUCUCCGGGUACUUAUUUAAAUGAGUGGUGACUCACACAAAGACACAAACACACUCUCUGACUCAUUAGAAAGUCUUGCCGGGGUUGCUGGAAGUUACACAACUCAUAACUAUAGUUUUAUUUGAAAAAGAAGAAGAACUUUAUUGAUCUCCAGAGGGGAAUUUAGCUGACUGUAGCCUCGUGUGUCAUGUCUCAAGUCAUCUACUAUUUACAGAAGAAUUAUAAAUUAUAUAAGAUUAUAAAGUCUGAUGGCUCUUUAUUUUAGCUGGAUUUUAGCUGGAUAAACUGGUGGACACUGAAAAUUGUCCACCAGAUAGAUUAGCAGAAUUUCCUACACUUAAAUCCAACUCUACACAUGCUUGACUUUCUACACAUGCUUACCUAAUCAGAAAUAAUAUUCUAUCAUUUGAAGGAUGUGAUAAUGACUAAGUAGUUGUAAUUUUGGUUGUAUAGGACAGACAAGCUUGAAAGCCUGAGAGGUUGAGUAAAUCCCCCCAGGGAGAAAUAACUCGAUCAACAACAAAAUAACUCCUCGUUUGUCACUGACAAGGAAAGUAAAUUAGUGCUGGUGUUUGUCGCAUUGAAACAGUGUCUUAUGUCCUGUGGUGUUUUGUGAAAACGGUGCAAUACCACAGCUGGCAUGGAGUCACUCAAGGGUAAAGGCGGAUCUCUGGCAGUGUUACUCUAUCAGCAACUCUCUAAAUCUCUGUCUCGCUGUCUGUCUGUUUUCCUUUAGGUUACUGCAGAGGACAAGAAGAAGGACAACGAUGAAAACACCAAUGGUAAAAACAGGGUCUUUGCGACACUGGAACAUUAAUUAAUGUAGACAAUGAGGAUUUGCGCCCUGUUUUCACACAGAAUAGUCAUAAAUAAGGUUGCCAGAGGAAUUAGGUGCUUCUUUGUUCUAUUUUUUAAAUGAUAUGUCAUGUAUGAGUCAAGGUCGUAAUAACUGAUUGACUUGGGCAGCAUUUGAGCAGCAUAGUCCUACCACUGUGAUUAUUAGUAUUUGCUUCUCUUGCCUCCAUCUCUCCCUCUGUGCCUUAAUCAGUUGGCCAAGACACUUGGGAAAUUGUGCGUUAUGACAAACAGCCAAUUCCCUGCUUUCUCUCUGCCCCCGUUUAGUUGCUUAGUAACACCUGCAGUUUGAGUUAGCAGACCACCAUUGCUCAGCAGCAGAGCCAGUGGCCCCUCGCCGCCUCAGUUCUCUGAUCAGACAUCUCGCUUUGAGAGGAGCUUGGGGGCAGAGAAACUGUUUGUGCGAGUGCGUGUGCAAGCAUGUAUGUGUUUUUGUGUGGAAUAUGUGUCUGCCUGUAUAUGUCUAUGUCUCUGGAUGCAUAGAGAUAGUGGGAGUCUAGGAGUGGGCGUGUGGAUGUGCAUGUGUGCUUACACAGUGCCAUUAUGUGGGAGUUUGGCCAAUUUGGCUCACCGGGUUUCAGAUAAUGAUUUGAGUCUAGGAUAACUUGCUGUGAGUCACAAGAGGAAAGGCUUUUUGUUACUGACAGCAUUUUGAAAUGGUAGAUUUCACAGACAAUUCUGUAUCUGUUUGGUAUCGAGUGUGGCAUGAUGACCACCAGUCAACUUGAAUGCUACUUACCUUGAUUUUCCUAUGUGGAGUUGCUACAGCUUUGUGGGAGCAACAUUAGAGAGCAUAAAAUAAAUACAAAUGGCGAAGAACACAAAUAGUGUUAUUCUGAUAUCUGGAAUUUCAACUCUAUUUCCAGACCGUCCAAAAACUGCAGCACAGGAGCCACUUACUGAAGAACCUUCAGCUGCUUUCAAACCUAUCCUGCAGCAGACCUGGGUGGACCUGGAGGACUUUGCCAAGUGCUUUCAGUAAAAAACAUCCACACACAUGCAUGGGUGUAGAAUCUUCAAGCAUACCAUGCAGAUAGAAAACAUUGUAAUUUUGAAAACAGGGAUUGUUGAGGAGCCUAAAAAAUAAUGUGGUAAGGAUGAAGUUUGCUUUGGUUGAUUGGACUAAAACAGAUCCUCCUUUGUUUCUUCCAGGACUCUCUUGGUGUUCCAUAAACCACAGAUCUACCCACAUCAUGUCCAUAAAUCUCAUUUUAAGGUACAGUAUACAUCUGAAAUAAGCCUGAUUUCUGUUUCUUUAUUCCUCAGUGCUCUUGUCUUACUUUCUCAGCUUUGCUUUAAUCAUCCUUUUUUGAUUUCAUAUCAGUGUUUUGACACAUCCAUGCUUUAAACACCAAAUAUUUUCAUUAACUUACCUGUGUGCUUCUGCAGAGCACUGUCUUACCUAAAACUGCAACAAAUAACAACUCCUCUGGAUCAACACACUCUCUUACCACCAGUUCCCUCCAAGUGACAUCUGCUGUAGCAAGCCAUGAGGUACACACAUUACAUUGCACAGACACAUACCCGGGCAUUUACACCAAGAUUUAAAGUUACUCAAAGUUUUUACAGGGUUGGGUUGAAUCAUACAUGGGACAGAGUACCCUAUGCAAUCUUGAAGCACAUCUAAAAGCACAUUUAACUUCAUGCAAAGUUGAUUUUCACAAGUAUUUGAAAUUAGUUUGAACCCAACAAUUUAUGCCUGGCUGCAUUUCAUCAUGUUAUGUCCCAGCUGGAGAUCAUUGGAGUGGUGAAAAAACCAAGGGAAGGGCUGUGCAUGUGCAAAAAGAUAAACAAAACCUAUCACAUACUGAUAUAUUUAUUUUUGGAAAGAACUGCUGUUUGUAAAAUAAGGUGUCUUAGUCUGAUAUUUGUCCUGUACGAGGUGAAAGUUCAAUUUAUCAGGAAGAAAGGAUUAAGUGCAGUUCUUAAAGUUAGCCUUGUGUUUUUUUCAAAUGUACUCCAUAGACUGUGCAUGAGGGUGUAGCUGCGUUCUUGUCUGACUUUUGGUGCAAGUCUGUGGCAGUGUUUGUGUGUGUUUGGGAAGGAUGUUUGUGUGUAUAGAGCUUAAUCUACUUGUCAUUCCAAACAUGUUCAAACUCUGCCCCUCUCCUUUUGUUCUCUAUCUCUCCUUCUCUCCCUUUUUUUGUCUCUUGCUUUGUCUUUCUCACCUGUGUAUUUUUUUCCUUUCAAUGCUAAAUUCACCUUUCCUUCUCUCUCAGCCUGGUGUCACUUCAAAUGCGUCUUAGAGUCACUCAGCCCCUUCCUUUAUCUUCUCAUUUCCUCCCCUUCUCUCCUUCUCCUUGUGCCUCUCUUCCACUAAGCUACCCCUCUAUCAGUUUAUCCAUCAUCUGUCCCUGAGGCUUUCUCUUCUUUCUCUCUUACGCUUGUUUUUUCACUAUCUGGUUUUAAACUGAUAUUGAAAGUCAGUGUGUGUGUGUGUGUGUGUGUGUGUGUGUGUGUGUGUGUGUGUGUGUGUGUGUGUGUGUGUGUGUGUGUGUGUGUGUGUGUGUGUGUGUCCCAGUGUCUGGAGGUGAGAGGCACUCAGUACCUGUGUGUUGACAGCCUGCAAACUUCGCAGAUCCUCAUCAGCUUCUCUCCUCUGCUUCUGUGGGGAGAUACAGCUGGGAAGAGUAAGGAUUUCUUUUAUACCAAACACGCACACACAUUAAUACAAACUCAAAGAUUAAAACAAAACAAUUUUCUAAUAAUGUCAAUGUUAUGAAGACUGAAUUAUAUAUGAUCAUGUCCCAGCACAUUUGUGAUUUUUGACUGCAGUAUGAGUGACCAUUUCACCUUUUAUCUCCACUCAUAGAAAAGGAUAUGACCGCAGCACUCAGGUCUGCAGUUCUCAUCGCCCAGCCUUAUUCCUGGAUAAGCCUGCAGUCUCAGCUGCCACUUCUCACCAUCAAGUCCUCAUCCUCGAAGGCAGCCAUGCUUAACUUACCCCCAGGGUAGGGCAGCAUUAAUGAAUACAGAGAACUUUUUUCUUUAUUGAUCCAGAUAUAAAGCAGAGAUUGAAUUCAGAACCAUUACAGGCUAGAAUGUAUCAAAUCCAUGCACCUAAUUCUUCUAAUGUAGGCUUAUGUUUUUUUUUUUUAAAUCUUUGCUAAUUUUCUCCAGGUUUCCACUCACAGCUAACAACCUUAAAUCACCCUGAGCUUUCAUCAGUCAGCUUUCUAUCCCUAUCAUGGGAACCAUUUUAAAAAUGCAUGCAUUUUCUUUUGCAUGACACCCUAGGGAGCUUUGGAUGAAAGGAAGCAUUUCAUUCUUGUUUUGCCUCCAUGUGGAGGUAUACUUAGAGCUCUCAAAGAGUGAGCGAGGAUAUCUGCCUACCUCAGAUGCUCCGGAAAGCAGUAAAAAGCUUCUGUUCUAGUCUCUAUUAAUGGGUGCUACUUGGCCUAGAAUCAGAGGGCCUAGUUUAUGGGGUCAUGUGCAGGUAUGCAGCAGUGCAAUUACCACUGAGCCAUAAUCACACACAUAGCACUCAACUUAUCAUGCCAAAGCACCCCAUAGCACACUGUCACCAAAGAAGAAGAGCCUGUAUGUCCAUGAUCCUUAGUAGCAGCAGUGGUUUUAAAGUGCUUCCUCUGUCUCUCUGUUUGAGGCCACCCAUCUGCAGGUGUUACACCAUUUCCUUGCAUUUCUUUAGUGACACUUCGUGCUUCCUCCUUCAUAUCAUUUCAACUUGAAUGCCUAUGCUAGUCUGUUAAUUUAGAAGUGUAUUUUUCCUCCUCCCUUGUGCAUGUCAUUCUCUUUCAAUCUCCCUUACCAUUUGCCUCUUUUUCCCUCUCUUAUUUGCCUUCCCCUUCUCACUCUUCUCUUCAUUUCUUCCCCUCCUGUCCAUUUCCCUUUGGUAUAAUGUCCCAACAUCCUGCAGCACUGCCUUGGUGCUCAUCAAUCUAGUUAGGCUGGAAUGGUUAAAUUAUGUAAAGCUAAUGGGGCCAGGAAAGUGAGGUUUCUUUCUCUUGCUCCUGACAGGGCCUUGUGAACUCAGCCUGUUCCAUUAUUAAGACUUGGAAGAGAAUUCAGUGGACUAGGCUGUUGUUUUAUGCAUACACAUUCCAUCUGGUUUUACACUCAAUGGAGUCACUCAAGAGGGUCUCAUCCCUGUCUUGCUGACCCAGGAGCAUGCAGCCAGUGAAACAGACCCAAAGUCCAAAAGAUUUUGGGAACUCUGUUUUAUUGUAUAAAGGGAGUAAAGAAGGAAACACACGCACACGUUCUUGGCCCUAAAUUUUGGGUUGUCGUUACCCCUGAGUCCAUGAAAAAUUUUGGUUGUGGAGCGGAAAUUAUCUGGUCUGAUAUUGUCAGAAAAAAUGUGAGGCACAGCACCGACAUGCUGCCAUUCCAUCAGGUAAAGUUAAGCUGGCUGGGUUUUUUCUUUUAUUGUUUUUGGUUAUAAAUUGAUGGUUUAUGCCUAAGACGAUGAAAUAUUUUGGUUGUGGAGCAGAACAUCAUCUGGUCUGACAUUUUCGGAAUUAUGCAAAGCACAGCAGCAAGAUGCUGCCACUGACUUCGGUAAAAUUGAGCUUGGGUAUACACUGACGGGGUUUUCAUUGAUUGUUUUUGUAGGAAAUUCAUGGUUGUAGUCCUACCUGAGACCAUGAAAUGUUUUGGCUGUGAAGCAGAAAAUCAUCUGGUCCGAUAUUUUUGGAAAAAAUGCAAAGUACAGCAGCAUGAUGCUGCCACUGGCAGAGGUAGCUAAAGUUAAGCUCAGGUCAACAUGCAGGGUUUUUAUUUAAUGUGGAUGGUUCAAAAACAUGUUUUUCACCAUGACUGAAACCAUCUAGCAUAUUAACGGAAAAAUGCAAAGCACAGCACCAACAUGAUGCUCUGCUCCUUGAAGUAAAGUUAAGCUGAGGUUAAUGCUGGCGGAGAUUUUAUUCAUUGUUGUUGGUUAUUAAUUUAUGGUUGUCGUUAGGCCUAGGACCAUGAAUGUUUGGUUGUGGAGUGGAAAAUCAUCUGGGCUGAUAUUGUGGAAGAAAAAUGCAAAGCACAGCAGCAAGAUGCUGCCACUGACCAAGGUAAAGUUAAGAUCAGGUAAAUGCUGGCAGGGUUUUUAUUUUGUUUUAUAUAAGAAAUUCAUGGUUGUAUCCCUGACUGAAACCAGGAAAUGAUUUGGUUGUGAAGCUGAAAUCAUCUGGUCUGAUAUUGCUGGAAAACAUGCAAAGCACAACAUUAAGAUGCUGCCACUGGCUGUGGUAAAGUUGAGCUGAGGUUAACGCUGGCAUAGUUUUUAUUUAUAGGAAUGAGUUCACAUCAUGUUUUUUACCAUGACUGAGACCACGAAAUGUUUUGGUUGUGGAGCGGAAAAUCAUCUGGUCUGAUAAUGUUGGCAAAAAUGCUAAGCACAGCAGCAAGACGCUGCCGCUCCUUGAGGUAAAGUUAAGCUGAAGUAAAUGCUGGCAGGGUUUUUCCUUAAUGCUGUUUAUAAUGAUGAUAUUUAAGUUUCAUGCCUGCGCCUCAGACACCGAGCUCUUCUGUGCUUCACGCCUUCAGGAUCAAUCAACUUGAUCAAUUGUCUUAUUUUAUAUUGCGAUACAACAUAGCCUCGCUGUAUAGCAUGCAGGUGUAACCAUCAAUAACCCUACAUCUGCAUAAUCUUUUGCAGAGUCAUUUCAGAGUCCAAAUGCUUAUGACCACACUGUGUUUGUGUGCUAAAUGAGCAAGGAUUUCCUUGUUACUAAAUCCAAUUCUAAAGUAAAGCUUUACAAACUGUUCUACAGAGGACAUGUUGUCGGGUGACGAUUGACAAUGCUGUUGAUUCAUUAUCAUAAAUCUCAAGAUUACGAAUUUAUACACCAAAUUUUGUCUUACUUUGCGUUGACUUUAAUCUCAUAAUUUAGACUUUAAUCUCGAAAUUUUGAUUUAAUUCAAGAAAUUUCGACUUUAUUCAUUUCAACUUUAAUCUUGCAAUUUUGACUUUCAUCUCAAAGUUUUAAUUUUUUAAUCUUAAAAUUUCAAUUUUUAAUCUCAAAAUGUUGACUUUGUUGACAUAAUUUUGAUUUUUCUUAAUCUUGAAAUUUCGACUUUUAACUCCUUCCUGUAAUAUAUAUUUUUUCUCCUUAUUUGCCCUAAUCCUCUUUUGUACAUAUUGGACUUGGAGCAAUUUGGAGAUUUUUUUUUUUUUGUUUCCCCCCCAUAUGGAUCUUUGCAUGUCUUACACUUACUCUGGAUCUGCUAAAUUGAUCCCUUUCUCUCUCCUGCAGGCGCCAUGUAUUGUCUAUCCACACAAAGGCAAGACUUGGUUAUCAUAUUCAUCUGUGCAGCAGGACAUCUUUCAUAUUAGGGGAGGAUGAAACCAUCAUGGCACAUCUUACCAAGGUGACAGAUGUCUUAACGUUAUAGUAGGACUGUCAAUAGGACUAUCACAAUACCACAUUAUCAGGUCAUGAUUAUCACGGCCAAACAAAUUCACAAUAUUAUUACAGUCACAAUGUUGAUGGAAAGUUUGGAAAAAAAAAAAAAAAAAAAAAAACACAGGCAAAUAAAGAAGAGGCAGGAUAGAGCUAGAGCACUACGUCUCCUCAAACACUUCACAAAUAAGCAAAACUGACCGACUUAUAAGUCAUGAUCAAUUUCCAGUGGCAUUCAAGGUUAUGUUUUAUCAGACAGUAUGAUUGCUCAAUGUCCUCACACCCCAAAAGAGGCACAAGCCUUUUACAUAUGUUGCAACAUCAGUUAUAAAAGUAUUAAACCUGUUAUUGAUGGCUGCUACUGCAAACUAAUUCCUGCUUCUUCUUUGUUCCGACUCUUUUUUAGGGUGGGUGGCAACCAGUGGUUAGAACAACUAUUGCUCCACUAUGAAACAAAAUUUUAUAAGAUACUGUGCUAUUUUUGAGAUAAUGUCUACGUUUCAUGACAAAUAUCACUACAAUAUACAUUGAAAAUCUUUAGGCAUUUUUUAUUUUUUUAUUUUACAUAGAUGAAGUUUCAGAACACAGAUGAAGUUUAUUAACACUGCUUUAAUGAGGUAUAGUUUUGCUGUGUUUGCCAUUUUCUUCUCGUGUGUUUGGAUUCACCGCUUUGUAAGGACAGCUGUGUUUGAUUUCAAACUUGUGCAGCCUGAUACUUACACACCAUGUAUUCCAUGGUUCCAUGCAGAUAGUGGCUACCAUAAAUGCAACUGGCAGAGAAAAUAAUCAAGCAUUGUUUGGGGUUGGCACGAGGGGUGGCCAUUAUGAUUUCAAGGGGCUCGUGCCAACUCAAGCCUCCUUUUGGACUUACUCCUACAGCAUAUCUACUGCUAUAAUAUUAUUGUAAGUAAAAUCUGUUCUUUAUACAUGGAAAGUUAAAACCACUUGUAAUACACAAACAGAGAGUCUCAUCCAGGGAUUGGCAAAUACAGUGGUAACUCAACAAAUGCACAAGAAAUCACUGAGUUUGAAUUUCUUUGUCAAAGCUGCAGCUCAAGGCUGCAUAGAGAGAACAAAAGAAAUACAGAGCAACCAGAGGAUAUAUAUCCUUUGCAUCUCAAACAAUGAAGUUUUUCAAAGUACAGAAAGUGCUUGGUUGACAUAGAGACAGAGUGAAGGAAAUUGCCUUUGUUGCAAUAUCCUGGCUGUAACUUUUUGAAAUAUGGCUGCUUCAGUUUAAUAAAUCACAUCAAGUCAGUAAGAUCCCUCUGCCUUUUUUAUAUGUUAGAGUCAUAUUCCAGUUGCUGAAAGUGUCUGCUGAUUGAAAUCAUGUCAGACACAUGGGUGCACUGGAAGGCUAAUUCAUGUGAGAAACACAACAUUUUCAUCUCGUCUGCCAUCCACAGUUUACCUGCUAGGAACAAUUUUGCACACAGUCCCAAUGUGUGGGUGUUCUGCUCCUCUGUUUUUAUUUAACCUGUUUUCUGCUUAAUUUGCAUCAUUAAACAAAACUGAUGUGCUUUCUCUCUGCUUUUUUAAUUUUAUCAGCAAAGUGCACGGUUUACUGAGCAGGCCUCAUCCAUCUUCAGGGCUCUGAGCAGAGUGGCGUCUUCCUUCAGCGAUGAGGAGAACUUGCCAGCUGCCAGACAAGCACUGGAGGAGGCUCACUGCCCCCAAAAUACCAACGUAGACCUGAGGAAACAUUGCAUGGUAUCAUACCAUAUCGUACCAUAAUGCAGACACUUUAAAUAACUCACUUUUCUUUUUUCUUUAUCUUGAAAAUUCGUCUAUAUUAUUCCAUUUAGUUGCAAUCUUUGGUUAAGAUAGAUUGAAUAACAUCACUGUUUGUAUGAUUUGUUUGUGCAUAUUUGUGUCUAGGUGUUUAACUCUGCAGUUAACCACAUGAUGUCUAAUGCAGUGGGGAGAAAGCUGACAGCAGAGGAGAGGUUUGCCAUACGGGCCCUUACGGCUGCCCCCUCUCCUUUAGCCACUGAUCCCACAUUAGACACAACUACAUGUAAUUGUUAGUGUCACCUUGAUUCAUUUUUUUCUUACAAUAGCAAUUUAAUUCAAUUUUCUCUCUGUACUUGUCCGUCAUGCUCCAUAAAAAUCAACUUCCCAUUCCUGAAUUCAACAUUAACAUGCAAAAUCCUGAAACUGCUCUCUUUAACAGAUACAGAGGCCCCAGAAAGCUGGAGAGAAAGGGAGCCAACAGACCAGGAAGUGAAGGCAGUCACAACUCUGCAGGCUGGAUUUAAAGGACACUUAGUACGAGAAGUCCUUAAUGCCUCAAAACCAGGUAACUUCAUCUAUACACAAUUAGAAAACCUGCUUAACUUCUGCAGUGAUUCAUGUUUCAAAGACAAAUCAAUUUGCAGGAAAAGCUAAGGCUGCGUGUGAAGAAGUACCGCUACACCAACUGGACACCUUUGCCUCAUUUGAGGAUCAUUACUUUGUGUCUAAACACACACGCCCACACAAAACACCUUGUUUCUUCCAUUUACCAUUUAAUUCAGCCCCUUGGCAAAUAUUGAGCCCCCUAGCCGAGGCACAAAUAUGUAUUGAUGACAUGCCAUUCUUACUGAUACACCCUGACAGAUGAUUGGUGGCCAGGAGGAGAUACAGGAUCAUGUGGGAAGAGCAGGCACGCACAUGCGCGCGCACGUACACACACACACACACACACACACACAAACACCAUAUACAAAAAAAAAGGAAAGCAAAACUUGGUGUACUGCUUGAUGUUUUGUUUUUUUUAAUUUUAUUUCCUUCUACCCUUUAUUAUAUUAUUAUUUAUUUAAUUUGCUGAUGCACUGUAUGUUUUAUGUUGUAAUGAUGUUUUUGGUGUGUGCUUGUGUUACUUGUUUUUAUUUAGCUUCGUUUGUCUGUUUUUGUGAUUAUCACUGUUCUGUCUAUUGGUGGUUUAUGUCAUGUUGUGUUAUUUUUGUUAAAAUAAAAAAAAAACUAUUUGAACGAAAAAAAAAAACACCAUAGAUACAAACGACAUUCCAACAUCCACUGCAGAGGCUCUCAACUGUGACAAGAAAUGGCAGACAAGGUUGACAGAGCUGAGCAGCUUUCCCUUUGUAGAUUUAUUUAUCAGUGUUGCUUUGGAAUUAUUAUUUAUUGCAUUGUCUCAGAGCAAAGAAUUAAGCUCCUGUGCUGGUCACAUGCCAUUUAUCUUAGUUUCAAUUUAAUCAUUUUUUAUAUGGGAUUCUUACUGUGAGGAGGCAGUAAUUAUCUUAGAGCUCAGGUGUAGCUCUGUUAAAAAAAAAAAAAAAAACACUCAAGGUACCUUGUUGCUCUGAUGUUCUUUCAUUAUUCCCCAAACUUCAGAGCCCCUGUUUCUGUGUGGGCUGUUAUGGACAUGACACUGUCACCAACUUUAUACAUUGCAUAUAGAGAGUAUGUACACCCUCAUUACAGCAGCAUUCACAAAAAUCAAUAGUAUUCACAGCAACAUUUUAUCUCCUUUAUUAUCACUCAAAUAUAUUUUUCAGGCAAACAAAACAUCCAGAUGAACUGCAUCAUUAUAGGAUCAUUCUGCCCAGCAAUGCUAAAAGUGAUUGCUGUUUAUUACGAGCCAUAAACAUGAGCACAAAAGCUUCCCAGCUUGACUCCUAUGUAAUGGGCCUGUCAUGGUUAAGUUAUCUCAAAUUUUGUUUCAUUCACUUGUCGAAGCAUAAAGUGCAACUUCAAACUGACACUUAAAGUGACAGCAAACCACCAAUCAUAGUCUAAAAAUGUUACCCUUUGAUAACGUUUCAUUUAUAGAUAAGAGCUUGUCUUUUCUCAUCUUAAAGAGCCAAGUCCUCCAGCACAUCCGUUUAUGACUCCAACAACCUUCUGUAUUAUUUCAUGUCUUCUCAUCUAUCCUGUCUUGCCUGCUUUUCUAUUUGUGUGUUGCCUCUCCUUUAUUGCAAAGUUGACAGGAGGUUCACAUCUCACCAUAGGCAGCCUUGGUCAGCUGUAAUAGCAGUGGCAAUUUGGGGAAGUGGCUAUUUGAAAAGAAGCUGUUGAGAUCUAGGUAGAAAGAGGCAGAGGGAGCAUACAAGGACACAUAUACCACAUGUCAGAUGUGGAAAUAUCUAUUACACAACUCUUAUAUAUAUGCACACAUACCUACUUAUUUCACACGUUUUCAUACUUAGAUAGUACAACUUCUUGUUACAUAAAUGUGUUUUUUAGUGACAGAGACGUUUGCUUUAAGGGUAGUCAUUCAUCUGUAUUUAUACUUGUGUGUGUCCUUAUGUCACUUAGGCACCAAGAAGAACCUUCGAGCAUCUCAGAUCCUUUCAGACAUGUGGCCUAAGGUCGAAUCAGACGCAGAAAAACAUGCUGUCUUCAUACUGGGGUAAAUAAACAGCAUGGACACAUGGAUACACAUAAAGCAUGACAUCAUAUUAGCCAAGCAGAAUUCAUGCUUCCACAUUAUGUACAUCACUGUCUGAGAGAAUAGAAGGGCUCCCAAUGCACUCCCAUGCCAAGGCUAUGUGUAUCAUUUGGCAUUCAGCUUUUCUGUAGCACCCCACACCCAGAAUCUGCUCCCUCUUCUGUUUUUGGUGGCCUGUGGUGGCCAGGCAGGGAGCAUUUUCCACAUUGUGUUCCAUCUUUUUCCCAGUGGUACCAUCUGCUGUUUAUCCUCUCCCCCCAUUCCAAUCGACGAGCAGCGUAUGCCGAAUGACCUGCUGCCUGGGGAAGUGUGUGUGUGUGUGUGUGUGUGUGUGUGUGUGUGUGUGGGUGUGUGUGUGUGUGAGGAUUAAGAGUUUGGUCACCGUGUGUAUGAAAAAUGGGGAGCAGGGGGGAUUGGUGGGUGUUACUAGCCUUUAAACAUUCAUUUUUCUUAACUGACAGACACAUGCACUUUAGCCCAAAGGUAAUCACUAAAAAAAUAAAUAAAAGAGCUGCUUGUUUGUACUUUUUAUUUUAACUGGACUCAGGAGCUCGUGAUAAAUCAGACUACAACCAAUAUUUAUGACUCAUCAUGACCUAUCAAAGCAAAUCAAACCAUGAGCAUGAAGAUCCCCUGGUCAAAAAUACUUUAACUGAAGGUCUUUAUUACAGGUAUUGAGUAAUAGGCCACUUAUAAGUCCCUAUUGAGAUGUUUACAAACAUUUAUAUGUCUAAGUGAGUGUUUAUAAAAUCAAAAGUUUUGACAAGUAUGGGGAAGAGUAAGUUCCCCAUCCCCUGUUGCUUGGAAAUGGUAAAAGAAAUUGAUCAUGUGACCAAAUAUUUAGGAGAUGGGCAUCAAUUCAUGGAGUCUGUGAAGAUUAGAAGCACAUGGGUGAGGGGGUUAGACAUUUAUUUCCAAAAAAAACAUUUUUUACAAUUGAAAGUGAAUUUAGUCUGUUAUAAGUUGUAUUAGAAUUGUGUUCAGACCAAAAAACAUCCUUUUUGAUUCGUUUUAUACAUCAAUUGUGGUAUCUAUGUGCUACAACAUGAGGUAAAAAACCUAGCAUAAAUGUCCACCAUUUUAGCUUGGAGGACUAAUAAAGUCAUAAUAGUAGUUCUGGGGUAAGUUGAGGUGGUGGUUCAACUGAGAAAGUAAAGAAGUCUGAUCAGAGGAUCAGAGUUUCAGUUCAGAUUGUUGUGUUACUUUUUCUUUUCAAAAUCACAGCUGGGAAUGUUCUGAAUCACUUAAAGACAUUCUCGUGUUAAUAUGUUUUUUUACAAAGCAGCUUUUUAGCUGUUAUAUGCAAUAAUAAUAAAAAGAAUUAUUGUACUAGUUGAAUAGUGUAUAAAAGAUAAAAAUACAAAUGAAUGUGAAGAAGUGACUGUUAUUUAGGGAGAGAAGGUGAGGGAAGGCUGGGGUGGAGAGUUGGGGGGGGGGGUAGUAGGGAUAUGGCUCAACUUACCUCACUCCUAUGGUCAACUUACCCCAUACCCAUAUUGUCUUUAAUUUCUAAAUUCUGGUUAUGAGCCAGAAUUGAAAAGUUAACACAGGUUUUUAUUUUUCUAAUAGGUACAUUAUUGGACAUUCUGAGAGUAAAGCAGAGCUCUACCCUUGCCAGCAGGAUGAAGCGACUCGAAUCACCUUUGCUGAUUACUCCGUCUCCCUUCCAAAUACAGCAAACUCCUGGGUCCUGGUCUUUAGGUUAGAAAACAUUGUUGAACUAAGCUUUGAAUCCAGGUGUAAAUAACGAACCAUAUUCUUGCAAAAAUUUUAACAUAAAAGAAAUCUACUGUACAAUUUGGUUUUGCCUUAUAUAAAAGAACAUGUUAUGUUUACCUGUUCAGAGAGGUAUUCCUGGUUUCUGAGGAGAUGCUGCUGGUACCAAAGGUCUACUCCCCAAUCCCUAACUGUUUGCUGCAUGUCAUAAAUAAUGAUACAGGAGAGGAGCUGGAUGUGGUUUUCAACAAAGUGGCAGCCCAUGUUUAUAAACCAAACAAGGUCUGUUUGUGCCAUUUAUCUUCACACAUCAGUUGAUCGUGCACUUGAGAUAGUUUUUGAGUAAGUUUGGAUUAUAAGAAUGUCACAUUUUACAUACAAUUAUAAUACUUUGCCUAACCUAAAGAUCACUUUCUGCCAAACCCCUUUAGCACUAAAUAACCCCCUUUAAAAGAGAAUGGGGGAGUAUGGCUCUGUAUUUAAGCACCUAUUCUCUGUAAAAGUUAAAUUUUUUAAAACUGUUUAAAGAAAGAGAGCUGGCAUGCUUAACUCAAAUUCCACAGCUGUCAAUGCCAGCCUAAAGACAAUUCUUUGGGGGCUCAGACAUCAGCACUUGCAACAAAAUAUGUAAUUUAUGAUUUAAAAAAAAUAGAAUAAAAAAGCAGAUGAAGGAAAUGAAAGAAUCCAGGUAAUGGAUCCAAUUUUCCAAGUUGAUUUAUCUACAUCUGUCAUUGCAGCUUGGUUAUACAUUUGUAGCAGAGGUUAUUACACCUGAAACUUCUGCUGUUGGUGCCAAGUGGAGAAUGCGGCUGAUUGGCUCAAGGGGACUUCUGCCAAAACUGUCCAGCGAGACUCCUCUGAACACGUUUACAGUGAGAGAGUUCAAGGAUUAUUACAUUCCCAAUGAUAAAAACCUCAUCUGUCGGUAAGGGACUUGUUGGCUAUAUUUUGGUCUAAAGUUUGGAUUUAUACCUCUAGAUUACCAACAAGCUGCACUUAUUUUUAUUUUCACAAUAGUAUGAACAGAUGAACAGACACAGGAGGCCUGGAUUUCUGUAACAGAUCAUUGCAGAUGCUGAGAGAGCUGAGAGCUCACAAUCAUUUGAAAAUGUUCCACAGGUACACUGUGGAUGUGAUGGCAGACCUCUUGGGAACAAUUCAGAUCCAGACAUCCAAGCCAGAUGUAUUUAUUCGUCUGUCCAUUUUGGACCAGGAGAAGGAGGUGAUGAGCAAGACUGGGAAGGGCCUUGUGGUAAUUCCUGUGUUCAGCUUUGUGGCAAAUAAAGGUGAGCUUUCGCUAUUUUUAUUUUUCAGAAGCAACAGAUAUAUAACAUCAUUUUGGAUACUAAUGGAAGCUUUGUCAGACUGUGUCUCGUCUGAGUGUAAACAAGUUACAUCUUCCAAAGCAUCUAAUAAGCCCUGAGUUUGAGUGAUUAACGCUCAUUAUCUCACACCGCUGGUUUGUGAUGUAAUCAGAAGCCUCUUACACAUUUCAACUGUGCAACAGCACUUCUGUUCUUAUAUAUUAAACCAAUAAAAAUAUUGGUAUUCCAGUGUGAUUCCCCAUUGUAUUAUGGUGUUGCAGAAUCACAGGAGGUGCACACACAUACAAACACACACACACGCAGAGCACUAUUCUGCCCUGUCAUUGCAGCAAUCACAUAUUACCAUUUACAUUUGGUCUCUAUUACUUUAUCCAAAGGAGGUUCAGAGGCAGAGUAGCUAUGUCCCACAGUUCUGCUUCCACGUGUUACACAUUUCUAAUGAGGCCUAACAGCGGCAUUUAAUAUCCCAGUUUACAUUGAAAUUAUAACAGCUAAACGGUCCACCAUUUUCACUGAUAUUUUCAUUGUUCUGUGCCACUUUUUUAACCCAAAACUCCACUAUUACUCCUGGUUUAACUAUAGUUUAUCUUCUUUAAAAUAGUCCUAUGACAAUUGAAUCACUUUUUUUUUUUUUUUUUUUGUGACCCGAAUUAAAAACACAAUUAUUACAUCCCAAAACAGCAGGGCACCUCUCUGGCUACACUCUUACAGUGGUAAGACUCAGUGUGUGAAGGAGAGGAGUCAACUCAUAAUUUUACAAGAUGGUUUUUGCUUAUUUUAUUAUUUUGCAAAAUAACAGAGCACCACUUUCUUUAGCACUUAUAUACCCGUACACAAAAAACUUCCAAAAAUAUGCUGUUGAUAAAAGUUUAAAAGCAUGUUGAACAUCUAAGCUUUUUCAACCUUUUUUCAGUGUCACAAACACGUCCGUGCGCAACUCUAAAACGGAACUAAAACAAUGGUUCCCAUUAACAAUUCCCAGUGAUACAAUACAAUACAACUGGAUUCAGCUGGGGCCAUGAAAACGCGGACUGAACGUGGAUCUCUUUACUUAAAGUUCAUGUAUACAGAUGGAAUCAGAUUCACUUAAUCCGAUUGAUUUCAAUCAGAUUGAGGAAAACUACUCAUGUAAACGGGGCCACUGUAAACACCAGCCAGUGUGGUUUAGCAUCAAGUUGUUUAAUUUGUCACUGGAGAGCUUGGGAUUAAUGCUUAAGCAAAGGAACUUGAAAGAUUGGGUUUCUGAGAAUAGUGGCAGUGUUUUAGCUUUGGAUGCAUCUUAUCACUUCUAAGAAGAGUGUUUAACUCAUUAAAGUAACCUUUUUUUCAUAAAACAUACAAGGCCACUGUCAUAGAGAUGUUGUAGUUAGGUGUAUCUUUGAUGUAAAGCAGGAUUCAGCUUCAAAUCUGCAUUGGGGGGAGUCCUUAAAGAGUCAAAUGUCAAAGGUUACUGCACAGUUAGUAUAAAUUGUGAUUCUAGCAGAAAUCUUGAUGUCACCAAAAAUGUCUAUGCCUGAAUUAAUAUGACUGCAGGGGUAAGUUACAGGUGGUUUGUAACAUUUUAUCUGAGAUUUGGAUGAGCUGACCCUUUAACUUACAUUGGAUUCGCCUUUGUCUUUAUGCAGGCUCAAUAAAGAGCAAAAAACAAGCCAACAAUAGCAGCACUUCAUACAAGAGCUCUUCAAAGCCUGCCUCUCAAACUCUAGUCUGCUUAUCAGUUGUUGCUUCCAUCAGUUGGUGCAGAUUACUGGCCACUCGUCUUUUCUCAGAUACAGGCAGAGUUUAAUAUUUCUCUGUCUGUUACAGCCAACACUUGCACUGAUGAAAAGAAACAGAACCAGAGGGGAUCCGCCACCCAGGACAAGGGAGUUAAGGUGGUGGACACUUCCCAGCAAAGAACCAGUGACAAUGGCACAGCUGGGAAAUCAGGCUUGUCGUCUGACUCUGAACAGCCACAGCCUCCCAGAGAAACGAUGGUAUCACUGACAGCUGCCUGCGUGGUAUCUGCUGCUGCUCACACACUUAACUGCUCUCAUUUGUGCGCACAAACUCACACAGACACGCACACACACACACACAUACACACACGCACUCACACACACACACACACACACACACACACACACACACACACACGCAAGGGUGCAUCUCACUAACCCUCUCUGUCUUUCUCACCCACUUGCUUGCUGCCUGUGUUGAUAUCAGUUUUUCACUGCCAGAUAACACCUUACUCUAAGGCAUGCACACACAUAGACACAUGAACUUACACAAACCCACACACUUACAGAUAAAAUUCACAAGAGAAGAAGAGCAGAAACUGAAGGGAUAGUUUUGUUGUUGCUGUCCAACUUAUCCAAGACAGUCUGGCUGCAGAGCUCCACUGUCAGGACUCUUCGUAGCAGACCUCCACUGUAAGGACCCACAGCCACUAAGCAGACUGGAAGUUGAUUUGAAGCCUUUCAAAAUAAAAGCAAAUAUACCGGGAGUAUGCUUUUUUAUGUCGGAAGUUGAUUCGAUUCCUUUUGUAUUAAAAGUGUUUAGACCGGGAAGUACGUAUUCUUAUAAAUAUAAUUUAUUUCUUUGGUCUUAUUUCAUGUAUAAAAUCUUGAUGUAUUCAUGUGUUCAACAAAGAGAAAAUAGAAAACGGUACGACCACUUCAAACAAACUGGAGCGCAUGAGAAAAAGCGUCACCUCAGGUCCUCUCAGUGGAGGUGGGUCCUGACAGUGGAGGUCUGCAGUCAGACCCCUCUUAUCGGUGCUUGUCAGUGAGGAGGGAUUUGUGCAUGAUUAAUGAGUCACUUGAUUGUCUGAGGGCUCCUCUCCACUUCUUAGCACACCAGUUUGAUAUUUGGCAAAGUAUAUAGAAAGUGCACUAGGUGUGUACUUUCGCAUGCUUGGAUAUGCACAGCGGCACGCUACUUGGUUGAGAGCAUGUGUCCAUAAAACUCUAAAAUCUUCUGAGCUUCGUUUAUUUUGCUUUGGUGACUGUCAGUGAUACAUCUGGAGAAAAUAACAGACUUUAUUGUCCCUCUAGUUGCUCCUCACACUUCAUCAAUUUAGGUAAUUAAUUUAGAAUUUAGUGCCUAAGCUUGGAAGAGCCCUGAGUGUGUUACAAAUAUGUUUUAGCUUUAACAAAGUAACCCAACAGCCAGUGAUAUAAACAGUAAUAAGGCAGAUUCCACAGGCCAGCUGAGUGUAUAGAGGGUAUAUAUUACCUGAAGAGAGAAUAGAUGGCUGAGGCUCAGUGGUAGUCAGUCUACUCUCAACUGGAAGGUUAGCAAUUCAAUCCCAGCUCCUGCAUCCUUGGACAUGACACUGAACCAUGAAAUGCUCCUGGUGGCAUAGCUGGCAGUGUUAGAAUGAUGUGUAAAAGGGAUUAGUUAUGACUGAGGGGCACUUUACAUAGCAUGUCCUGCCAUCAGUGUAUGAAUCGAUGAAUCUAGAAGCAGAAGAAGAGCACUUUAAGUGGUCAGACAACUAAAGCAUGAUCAAAGUCAGUCCAUUUACCAUUUCGGAGUAAUAAGACUGGGAUGCAUAGAUAGCCUUUUCCCCUUAACUGUACUGACAGUGAACAUUGUCAGAACAAGAAUAUGUAAAACAAGAUGACAUUUUAGUAUUUAAUGCCCAUAACCAAGUUGGGUGUGCAGCUCAGGUUACAGUGAUGUUCUAGCCAGGGAAGUGCUGAAAACUCUGAGUUUAUUCUCUCCUCACUCAUGCUUUAACAUUGCUUAACCCAAAAUCUGAAAAUCUAUCCAAAGUGAGCCAGGUAAGCUGCAUAUGUGAAUGCAAACAUCACAAUUUCUCAGUCCUCGGUGUACAACUUUGGGGCUAAGCUGGGGAGUGAACCCAGUAGGUAAUCUUCAGGAAAAUCACUGCUAUCAAAUGGGUGGGGUGUGAUGACAUUCAGGACAUUUUAUUGUGAAAUAACCUUCAGAUUACCAGCAGGCCAGAGUAAACAUCUGCUGAUCAAGAGUGUUGAUCAAGACCGGAAGCAAAGGGUCAGCGAUUAAAGCACUGUGUUUCACCACUGGGGGGUACAGUAGGUGUUCAGUCAUGGUGCAUUAAUGCUGAAAAGUAAACUGUUUGGGAUUUGAAUACACAUGAAAUGGCUUAUUUCACUUUAAUUUGAUAUCAUCUUCGUGAAUGUGUAUGUGUGAGUUAUCACCAGGGAAAAAAAAAACUGUCUUUCUCUGUUGGUUUGAUUCUCACAUUGGGAUUUUGUUAAAUCAUUGUUUCAGUGAGAUGGAUGUGGUAGUGACCAUUCAUUAUGAAAUCACCCUCUAUGACCUCUCUGUCACUCUAUCUCUCUUUCUCCAUGUCUCUUUAUCCUCUUCUGUCUUUAUGCCAAGCAUGUGCUUCUGUCAAAGAAGGCAGAAAAUGGCAUAAAUAAAAUGUCCAGUUCUUUUGUAAGACCUUUGUGUCUCUUUGAAUCAUCUACAUGAGUGGUACAACCAACUGCAUGUGCGUUGUUUUAUUUGUUUGUUUGUUUGUUUUUUUCAGUGCUAAGAUGAUAAGUCUUUUUGCUUUUAUGUGAUUUUCAAAGCUUGCUCUAACUUUGACAUGGGUUUGUACACUGAUCUAUCAUGUCUGUUUUCUCACAGGGUCACAGGUAUGUGGUGCAGGCAGAAGUGCUUUAUAAGAGCUGGGAUUUGGAUGAAUCUCAAUUGGAUUUUGUCCAUGCACUCAGAGACCUGGAGAAAAAAGGAAUGAGAGGUAUUUGCUCAAGAUAAACAAUAGUGCUAUAUUAGAUACUUGAACUCAGUAUGUAUCACACGUGGUUCCAUUAUAGGCAAAAAUCCCUUACUGGGCCCUGAAGCACUUUGACUCACAUCAUCCCAUUCAGAGGUCUCAACAUUCGGGCCCUAUGAGCAGAUUUUCUAAUAAGUCCUACAUGUUUGUCUAUGCACAGUAUAUUUUUGUGUGGUAGACACUCAGUCGGCAGUGUCAGGGGCCAAGGCAGAUGGUGUUUGUUCUUUUCUUACGCCAGCCAGAGGCCUGUUAAUCACAAGCCAAAUGAAAGCCAAAUGAAUACAGCUGCUUUUGCAAAUCAGAGCGUGAUUUCUUGUGCCCACUGGUUGCUGGCCGAGGCAAUAAUUGUGUCCUCUGCCACCAACUCUGCUUCUCUGCUUUAAUAAGACCACACAAAUUGGAUCGAUAGUAAAAUCAGGGCUUUGAAAUUUACAGAAGCUUUUCAUAAAUUUGAGGGGGAUGAAUUAAUUGCAGCACUGGUUGAUGUUGAUGUGAAAGAGGUGCUGCAUGGGUGACAAUUUGCAUGAUUGCCCGAAGAUAAAGGGCAGCCUGCUGUCAUUGAAUCAUUAUUCUUUCUUGCUUUGUUGCUCCUGACUACUGUCACUGUGCUUACCCGUUCAGUUUGCAUGGCAUGAAAUCUGAAGAUGAUAUCUGUGUGUGUGUGCAUGUGGGUGUGUGAUGGUAUAUGUGUGUCUUUGUGUGGGAGGCCUAAAUUAACAAACUAAAUAUACUGAUACUAGAUAUGUUCUGACUGCACAAACAGGCAAACCUCUGGUCAUGUGUAAGAAGUAGAUUUCUUACUGCUUAGUUCUUCCAGGUUCAUUCAGCAUGUUUUGCAUGUCUUUUCUCUGCAUCGAUAGAUGUGUGAGCAGGUUAGAGUUAUUUUGCUUUGUGUUGUCCGUGCAUGUAGGUACAGGCUGAUGUCCACACAAACCUCUUAUGGUUUUUUCAAUAAGCUUGUGUAAGUGGGUCAAUAGGAAGUCAAAUGAAGUUGGCUCUUGCCCCCUGGUGCCCUGGGAAAUAUCUCAGCAGGAAAGUGAAUUAAUUUCACCCAGUUAGACUCUGUCUCAGUGGUGAGGCUGCGCCCUUGAUCAUGCUCCCUACAUGCUUCAUGGAUGCACACGCACUACAUGCCACGCUAGGCUUUGAAGCCUCCUGAACAAGCUGUUUAACAAGCUGCAGUCAAAAUACUGCGCUGCAUAUGUUAACUGCAUGCACAUUUAUACUUCUUUAAAGCCCAGUAUAAACCAUCAAAGCAGUCUGAUGUGAGCAGAGGAUGUAAACACAGCCUCAUUUGUUUAUCUUUUGACAAUCCCAACAACUUUGCCUUUGGAGAACACAAUGCCGAAUCUACAAACGAUGUUGUUCAGUAAGCAGAAGCCUUCAUAUACAUUCUGUUCAGUUCUGACCAGCACAAAAUCAGUUUUCAAAACAGAUAUCAGCCUAAAAUUAAAUACCAAAAAUUGAUUUCCUGAUCCAGUUUGAACCUUGAAAUUCUUGUGUGACUCCAGUUAAUCCUAACUCGAUGAGUAUGCACUAAAGAUGUUAAGACAGAAUGGCAGGAUGUCAGCUAAAUGAUGGAUUAUUAUUCCUCGCUGUGUCAGAGAAGUGAGACUCAUAGUAAAUGCCCCAUCUGAGCUGGGGAUCGAGUUCAUUUUAGCUUUGAAGUGCAACAGUGCCAUCUAGCACAUGCGAGAACACACAACACAUUCGACCUCUACCUGUUCUUCCUCAGUCUCACCUCAGAAAAGCUUUACAUAUGAAGAGUAGAAAAGGAACUGCUGAGGUUUAUUGUGAUACUUGUACUACAAUAGAAAUGGUAUUUGUUUAAUUCAGGGGUGUGUCUAGACUCUUUGGACUGGCCAGAAUGUCUGCACACAUACAAAAUGAUUCAUUCAUUUCCCCUUCCUUUUUUCGCUAGUUGUGUUUACUAAGACUUAUUAUUUCAAUAUAUCCAAUAGAUCUUAUAUUCUUGUGUAUGUUUAUUUUUAUCUUUAAGAAAGCAACUGAAUUAAACCAGAAAAUGACCUUAAGAUCAGACACUAAGGAAACAUGCUCGGCAAUCCUAGCAUUUCUGAUAUUAUUGCACCAGCAAUCAUAUCCUCCUCCUAAGUUCUGAUUCAGGUACUCAUGGCCUGUAUUUGUUUUAACUCGGGAAGGCAGACAGUUUUAGGCACCCCACGUUGCAAUUUAGGACACCCUUUGGGUUUGACAGAUUUGAAACUAGUUAUGACAAACCAACUUGAUUAAAUCUACCAAAACCAAUUCUACCCAACCUUCAAAGCCUCAGUGUUUUUUUUUUUUUUUUUUUUUUUUUUAAGUUUCAUGAAAGAAAUGCAGUAAAAUUGGGGCAAAUCUUGAGAUGUUUUCGAAAAAUGGAGAGAGCUUAAAACACAGCCAGAGCUGGCUCAACUUUCUCUUGACUAAGUAAGCAGACAGCUUACAGGUAACUAAGCUCAUUUCUGUCUAAUUUCUAGUUUAAGAUGGCUACUCGCAGAGAUGAGCAUUGAGUUAUAUUAUUUGGCACUUACGGCUGGUAAAGCAGCAGUUAGCUUGCCUGUCUAACAUGAGCUCACUGCAAAUUUCUAGAUGGGCUGGCUUUGAUGGUGCCAGUCAGUGAAAGUACACAUCAGUGUCUUUUUUGGGGGACAUACAAAGUCACACAUUUUAACAUGUCUGUUAAAAUGAGCACUUGCAGGGUCUAAGCAGUAGCAUGGCAGUCAAUCUAAAGUGGGUAUUUUUAGAGUAUCAGGUGUUUUUCCAAUAAGAUAACAGGCCAAGUAUUAGCUACCAUAAUCGUAGUCAGACAUGGAGCUAACUCUGAUUGUUAACAAAAAUUGACACAAGCUGGAUCAUCAUUUGCGAACAAUCAGUACAUUAUGCCAUUGUUUACAUAAGCUUAUCAACUACCCCAACAUAAUAAAAACAAUACUAAAAUCUUCACAGCCUAAAUCUAUCAGAACCUAAAAAGAUGUAGGUUAUGACUUUACAAAUGUAAAGUCAUAACCUAAAGAUAUAUACCACAUUUAAAUGUAAAAAAAAAAAAAGCACCAAGCAGCCUUUUGCAACACAACCCAAAUAGCCCCACCUCUGAUAGGGUAAAUCAUAGUUUAGAAUUUUGGGGUGGUUUUAAAGGAGGCAUGGCUGCCCCAGCAGCUUGCCUCUUGUCUCACUUGGAUCAUUUUAAAAAUGUUUUUAUAUAUAUUUGUCAAAGACAUUUUUCAAGAAAGUUCAGUAAGUAGCUGAUUGAAAAGAAAAUUAAGUCUCCCAAAACCUCUGUUUUUCCAAUCCUAGUUUACAAGCCUGAGGACUUGAAGCACACAUCCACCACUGGCACUCCAGUUCAUGAUGGGCACAAAUCCAAUACAACCAAAGCCAGACUCAAAGGAGAAGGUGACAAGGAGAAAGGGAAGCCGGCAGGUGUCCUCAAAUCUGGGUCUCAGCAGGACACGGUAAUAGUGACAAGAGCCUAAAACACAUUGUCAGCUGCAAAUCAGAGCCAAUGCAAGCACAUGUAUCUAUAGUUUAAGGAUGAGUUACUAAAUGAUUGUUGGUCCCCUUUGCAGACCAGCAUAUGGCUUAUCAGCUGUCCAACAUGUCUGCAAAUGACAUCAUGACUAUGCAAACUGUGAACUAAGUUACAUUGGGAUUUACUGCAUUAGCUGUUGUUAGUGAAAUGCUAGGGGCAAUAACAGGAUAGUAGAUGUAAAAACUCAUCAUCAAACAAGUUUCAAUAAGGUUUAAAUUUUAUAGCAGUAACACAAGAUGCUGCAGUACUUGUGAUUCAAAUCUUAUUCAAAAACAGCAAAAUAGGAUUUUAACUUUUCAAAGAGGAGGGGGUAGAGGCACGUCAGUGAAGUACACACUCAACUACUUUUCACCGAUUCCCAAUUAAACCACACAUAAUGAGCUUAUGGUUAAACUGUUAUCUGACAUUCAUUCAUUCAUCCGUUUCUUACAUCUCUUUUUUUAUCACAAUUUCAAUUUCCUAUAUCAUUUGCAUAUUAAGUAAGCUCAGCUUGUUGCUAACUCUGAUGUGCUAACCAGAAAAUACUGACGUGAACCAAAUCCCACAGCAGCCUUUAACAGAAUGGCAUGCAUGCACUUUAAUAAUAAUCUUGUGGUGUGCAGUAGAAUGGGUUUAGUAUUCAGAAAAAAACAGCUUAAUGAUAAAUCACUGAGCCACAUAAUAAAUGCUUUUUUUCUCUUUAUUCUUCAAUGCACUACGGGACAGACUCUCAAAAGGCUGGUUUCUGUCAGUAAAUUUCAGUUUUCAAUAUUUACUCUCAGCAAAAGGGUUAGAGGACAUAAUGAUCCCUGAAUAAAUGAACUAAGAGCCAUAUUUAAUUUAUUAUGAAGACUAGACAGCCCAAGAGCACAUAAAAUCCUGUGUGAAUGACUGACUGGCUGGCUUUCUGGCUAUGUACCAGGCUGAGUUUGACUGAGAGGGACACACUCACAAUGUAUUAUAAUAUGGUGACCUUCAGCUGGAUGUCUGUGUGCAUGACCAUUCAUUGCACUCUUAAGCUUGUGUCUCCUCCCUUUGUUUGUUUGUGCAUAUGUUUGUGCAGAGCCUUGACUUGACUAAGGCAAACUGGGUGCUACAUGUGGUCAGUGACAAAAGCAAAGCAGAGAGCAUCAAGGUGACAAAGGACACAGAGAGACUAGACCAGAUAAAAGCUGUUAAAAACGCCUGGGAGAUGGCCGAACCAGGCCGCUGUGCCAAGGUAACAUAGGCUGUGUUUUGAAUUGUGAUUUGAUAUAACUACUCAUUACCUGUAUUCCUUUGGAGCAGGUCUUACCUGUUUGUACAUAUUCCGUAGGAAUAUCUCCAACUCUUUUUUAGCUCUAAAUUUGUUUCAAUGUAAUCCCCCAGUGUUGUUUUGUUAUUUCAGGCUUACCAGUCUUGUCUCAAGUUUCUUAACCAACAGCAAGCAAGUAAUGAAACCCACAGCAAUGAUGCAGACAUCGCUGAUCUUGGUAAAAUAUUCUUGAUUUAAGUACAUAUAUAUUUGAUCUUUUUCCAUUAGAUGUCGCUGUAAAUAAUGGGACCUUUUCUAAAUUUCCUCUUUUCCCAGCCACCUCUCACAGUCCAUCUUCUCAAAACCCGCCUAAUAUGGUCUGCCCCCCUGCUCCCAUGGACUUCACUCCUUUCAUAAGGUGCCUCACCCUUCAUGUUUUUCUGUUUUUAUGACAAUUUGAUUUCUAACUAACCAUAAGGCACUCAAUGGGCUCUAUUUUCGUGCCUGGCCAGCGGCGUGGCAAAGGCGCGGCGUAAGUCAGGUCUGCCGCGCUGAUGAGGCGUGCCCAAGCGGACUUUGGUAUUUUGGUGAGCGGUGCAGCCCGGCGUAAGUAUCCCUCCUACCUAACUUGGCUCCUCCUGGCAGCGUAUGUUGGAAAGAGGGAGGGCAAAAGGCGUGAGGUGGGUUUAAAACAGCCGAGUCCUGUUUUCACCAAUCACAUCAGCUCCUCUCGUCACUUUUAAAUCCGCCACCAGUGAGGCGUAUUACAAUUUUCGUGAAGUAGUCAAAGAGAUUAAGAGAUGGCUGAAGACAGCAAUGCCACACAAUGGCGACAGAAGGCAGCCCCUCAACAAGUGUCACUGUGAGUGUUGCGGAGGGCGUCCUCCACACUCUCUCAAAUAAGCACAGAGGGAUUUGGUGUGUGUAAGGUUGGACCCACUGGUAAGACAAACACCCUUUUCCACAAAUACAGACCACCACAUAAAGUUGCAUAUAUUUAAACCCCACGUGACAAAGGUGGGUUGUGCACACAGAUCACAACAUAAACAAAUGCCAUUAAUGGCAUUAAAAUCUGAACCACCUGUGCGUAAAAGACGCAUCACGCUCCUUGAUUUUUGAGUGUAUGAAAGUGCAUGUGUUGCUUCGUGGGUUCUUUUUUCACCUUGUUUAUAUAGCGUGUGCUCAACAUUGCAGUUGUUUUUAUGUCCCCCUGACCUUUUCUCCCCUUGGUAUUAUAAGAUGAAGCGUAACAAAACAUCAUUCUUUACUGACCUAAAAGGACAACACAUGGACUUGAGAUGACUGUUUUAUGUACAGUGCAUUGUGCAGACAUUACAUCAGAGACAGACAGUAUGCUUGGUCAUACUUUAAAGACUUUAUACAGCAUGUAUCAGAGCUGCUACCUCUUUCAUCAUCACAGCUAGAAUGAUUCUAAAACACCUCAUGAAAUCAAAACUGUAAAUUGAUUUUACUUUAAUUUCGAUUUGGAUAUGAUGCACCAUGACUCAAUACUACGCAAAAGGUCAGCUGAUAAGAACAUAUAGCAGAUUAGAUUAAAGAAGAUUAGAUGAGGUGCAACGUUAUGUAUCCUUUUGGGAAGGUUCCCUCAAGGAAAUAAAAAUACAAUGACCAGAUACGAUAUGACAUCACACAGCAUGCUAAUAAUAACAGUAAUUAUUUAUACUCGACCUAUAAAAACAGAUGUUACUGAGUGCCUCAAAAACAUGAAUAAAACAGGAAGACAAAAUAGCACGACAUACCAAGAAAAGCAACAACUAAAAUAGGGCUGAAUAAAAUCAUAAAAGAGGAAGUACUGGAAGCAAAUAAAAAGUGAAUCAGUGGUAAUAACUACAAAAUCCAAUUCCAUUGAAGUUCGGAAAUUGUGAUAAAUGUAAAUAAAAACAAUGAUUUGCAAUCCUUUUCAACCUAUAUUCAAUUGAAUAUAAUAUUGAGAAAUUUGAGGAAUGCUCAUCAAACACCUAUUUGGAACAUCCCACAGGUGAGCAGGCUAAUUGGGAACAGGUGGGUGCCAUGAUUGGGUAUAAAAGCAGCUUCCCCCAAAAGUCAUUCACAAGAAAGGAUGGGGCGAGGUGCAGCACUUUGUGAACAACUGUGUGAGUAAAUAGUCGAACAGUUUAAGAACAACGUUUCUCAAAGUACAAUUGGAAUUUAGGGAUUUCAACAUCUACGGUCCAUAAUACCAUCAAAAGGUUCAGAGAAUCUGGAGAAAUCACUGCAAGUAAGUGGCACGGCCGGAAACCAACAUUGAAUGCCCAUGACCCCUCAUCGAUCCCUCAGGUGGCACUGUAUCAAAAACCGACACCAAUGUAUAAAGGAUAUCACCACAUGGGCUCAGGAACACUUAAAAAAUUAAGUGUCAGUUAAUACAGUUCGUCGCUACAUCUGUAAGUGCAAGUUAAAACUCUACUAUGCAAAGCAACAGCCAUUUAUCAACAACAUCCAGAAACACCCCCGGCUUCUCUGGGCCCAAGCUCAUCUAAGAUGGACUGAUGCAAAGUGGAAAAGUGUUCUGUGGUCUGACGAGUCAACGUUUCAAAUUGUUUUUGGAAAUAGUGGACAUCGUGUCCCCUGGGCCAAAGAGGAAAAGAAAUAUCUAGACUGUUACCGACACAAAGUUCAAAAGCCAGCAUCUGUGAUGGUAUAGGGGUGCAUUAGUGCCCAAGGCAUGGGUAACUUACACAUCUGUGAAGGCAACAUUAAUGCUGAAAGGUACAGGUUUUGGAGCAACAUAUGCUGCCAUCCAAGCAACGUCUUUUUCAUGGACGCCUCUAUUAUUAUUAUUAUUUCAGCAAGACAAUGCCAAGCCACAUUCUGCACGUGUUACAACAGCGUGGCUUCGUAGUAAAAGAGUGCGGGUACUCGACUGACCUCCCUGCAGUCCAGACCUUUCUCCCAUUGAAAAUGUGUGGCACAUUAUGAAGCGUAAAAUACAACAAUGGAGACCCCGAACUGUUGGAGAACUUAAGCUGUACAUCAAGCAAGAAUGGGAAAGAAUUGCAUCUUUAAAGCUUCAACAAUUAGUCUCCUCAGUUCCCAAACAUUUAUUGAGUGUUGUUAAAAGGAAAGGUGAUGUAACACAGUGGUAAACAUGCCCCUGUCCCAACUAUUUUGGCAUGUGUUGCAGCCAUGAAAUUCUGAGUUAACUCAACUCAACUCAACUUUAUUUAUAUAGCACUUUACACACAACAGAGUUGAUCCAAAGUGCUUUACAACAACACAGAGGAAAAAACAAAACAAAAGAAGAGAACAAACAGACGAUGAAGAAGAAGAGCAGACUGAGUGACAGUUGUUAUAAUAAUAAAGAUAGCAAUAGAAAUAUAUUUUCAAUACCAUCACUAUCAUCAUCAUAGUUAUAAUAAAUAACAGUAAUAAUAAUAACAAAAGCAGCAGCAAAAAUAAUAACAAUGAUAAAGACAAUACAGAUCUACCAACCUACAGAGCUCACAGAGCCUACAUGGGAAAUGGCUGAGCUAUAAAAGUUAGGGACAGUUAAAAGCUAGGGAGUAAAAGUGGGUUUUAAGUUGAGUAUUAAAAGUCUCAAUGGUGGGGGAGAAACAUCAGGGUUUUAAACUCAAUCCUGUAGCUAACAGGCAGCCAGUGAAGGGAGGCAAGCAUGGGAGUAAUGUGUUCCCUCUUCUUAGUUCUGGUUAAAUCUCUGGCUGCUGCAUCACAAGACUGAGUGAUACCAAAAUAAAAUGGGCUCUAUUUUCGUGUACCCAGUGAGGCAGCGGAGGGUGGCGGACCCCGCGCAGUUGUAUUUUCGUCUGGCGGAGCCCGGCGUACAGCUAGUUUGGUAUUUUCGUGGACUGAGGCACAUGGAGGCGAACCGAGAUCCACCAAGCUGGGUGUGGUGGCGUGGCAGGGGGAGGUGUCGACAGAAUCAGUGGGCGCAGUGACAUUUUCGUGCUCGCCAGUGGCGUGUAAAGUGCGCUGAAAGCUCGCCGAUUCAAACCUGGUCAGCUUUCAGCGCAGGCGGAGCGCAGCUGGUCUAGAGGUAUUUUGGUAGACCGGCGGCGUAUCAGCAUAUAUCACCGAUGCCUCACCGGCAGGUUUCCACAGUGUCAGGCACAUUUCAUUGCAAUAAAUAAUCAUCAACAACUAAUAAUCUGAGUCAGCACAUACAUUUAGAUCUAUAUAGAUAUAUAUUCUGAUCUAUAUCUGAUAUGAUGAGCGCAUUUGGCACGCGUUUGGACACACAACCUGACGGAAUCAACACAGCUGAAACCGCAUUAAAUUGAAUUAAAUAUCUAGUAAAUAGACACACAUGAUGAAGUUAACAAGAUAUUUAAUUUGUCUCCCUCCUUUUAUUUCUUCUUCUUCCUCUUAUUUCACGCGCAGCUCGACCUGGACAUGUCUCCCUGUCCUCUCUCCAUCCUGCUGCAGCUGCUGCUGCAGUGGCUGAACAGAUGAUUUGUUUCAGUGAUCAGAUGAGUUACUUACUUUAAGCCUACAUACGGAUAUAAUAAUAUACAGUUUUUUGAGCCAAAUUUAUUUUAUAUGCCAACAUCUAUGAAAGAAAGAGCCAGGCCACGGAGUGCGAUGCGUCAUUUACGCACAGGUGGUUCUGAUUUUAAUGCCAUUUAUGGAGUUUAUGUUGUGAUCUGUGCGCACAACCCACCUUUGUCACAUGAGGUUUGAAUAUAUGCAACGUUAUGUGAGUGUCUUUAUUUGUGGAAAAGGGUGUUUUUCUUACCAGUGGGUCCAACAUUACACACACCAAAUCCAUCUGUGCUUAUAUGAGACAGUGUGAAGGACGCCCAAUGCAGCGCUUACAGUGACACUUGUUGAGGAGCUGCCUUCUGUCGCCAUCGUGUGGCAUGACUGUCUUCAGACAUCUCUUGAUCUUUUUGACUACUUCACGAAAAUAGUAAUACGCCUCACUGGUGGCGGAUUUAAAGGCAAGGAGAGGAGCUUUUGUGAUUGGUGAAAACAGGUCUUGGCUGUGUUAAACCCCCUCCACGCCCUCUCUCAUCCCUCGCUACGACUUACGCCACUGGGAGGAGCUGAGUUAGUCCACGCGCCUCAGUCCACGAAAAUACCAAACUGGCUGUACGCCGGGCUCCGCCAGACGAAAAUACAACUGCGCGGGGUCCGCCACCCUCCGCUGCCUCACCGGCGUACACGAAAAUGGAGCCCAAUAUGAUGAGGUUCUGUUAAAGUGAUGGAGUUAAAAGAAUUGACAACUGCAGUAUUUUCAGAGGUGAUGGAUGGGCUGUUUACAGAUGGAUUAAUACUCGCUCUGAUGUUAAUGACUUUGGGCUCUGUUUUCGUGUGCGAAAAUAAGGAUGUCCAAAUCUCCAAGAAUAAGAAUAUUGUCAUACUUUGGGGCAAUGUGGGAAAGGAGAUCAGAAAACUCACUGAUAAAAUCAAUGUUUGGUUUGGGUGGUCUGUAUAAUAGCAGGCAGAAGACCGGUGAGCUGCCAUCUAUCACAAAAGCCAAAGAUUCAAAAGAUAAAAAGGGGCCUAUAGAAAUAGAGGAGUACUUGAGGGCAUUUUUGCAGAUGACAGCGAUCCCACCACCUCGUGCAUGUAACCUGGGUUGAUGAAAGUGAAAGUAGCCUGGAGGAGUGGUUUCAAUUAAAUGGGAGAGGUCAUCAGGGGUAAGCCAUGACUUAGUGAUGAAGAAGCAGGUAAGGUUUUUGUGAUAAAAUAAAAUUUGGACAGAUAAAUGAUUUGUUUGAGAAAGAUCUCACAUUCAGCAAACCAAAUUUAAAGGAGAUGGGAGGCAAAGAUGGAAUUGUAGUGUCAGUAAUGGUAAUAAGAUUAUCGUAAUUUACUGAGCGAGAUGCUUUAUAGAUUGUUUGACUGGGAUGUGAUUAACAGGAGGAGCAGCUGGGAGUAGGAUCGACAGACCAUGCCCCAUGAGUGGAGGGGGAUGAGUUUGGCCAGAUGUUGCAGAAAUGUUGCUUGUAGCAGGAACCCUAUCGGUGAAUGUAUGAUGACACUGAACAUCAUUUUGAGUGUGUGUGUGGAUUACCUCAUGGUGGCAUGGACUGUCUCAGACAGUUAAUUAUUAUUUGCAAAAAAAAAAAAAACUUUAUGAGUUUGAACAUUAAAUAUCUUUGAAGUGUAUUCAAUUGAAUAUAGGUUGAAAAGGAUUUGCAAAUCAUUGUAUUCUGUUUUUAUUUACGUUUAUCAUAGUUUCCCAACUUCAAUGGAAUUGGGUUUUGUAGGUAGAUAGAUGAGUGACACAAAUAUGCGAAGAUACAGUGCCUGACAAAAGUCUUGUCACUUUUCCAUUUUGUAGAAACAACAGCUUAUAACCUGACUUGUCAUUAAUCCAUUGGUUUUAGAAAUGGCUCAUAUGAAAGCUAAAACCCUCCCAAAUUAUGUUUAAAAUCUAAAAUAAAUUUCCUUCACCGAAGAAAGAUUGAUCAUUUAAUGAACACAGAAAGGUCAGAUUUCGGCAAGACAAAAGUUUUGUCGCCUACAUAGAGUAAUGUGAAAAUUGAACAAAUAAUUUACUUCAAAUACAAAAUAUGUUGCACAACAUCAGUGAAUCAAGUAGUGGUGCUGUGAGAUCCAUAUUUAAUAUCUUGUAUGACUUCCAUGAGCCUGAAGAACUGCAUCCAUGCAGUUCAGCAACGAUUCAUACAAUUUAUUGAUGAAGUCAUCAGAAAUAGCAAAGAACGCAGUGUUACAUGCCUCCCAGAGUUCAUCAAGAUUCUUUGGUUUCGUCUUCCAUGCUUCCUCUUUCAUUUUACCCCAGACAUGCUUGAUGAUGUUCAUGUCUGGUGACUGGGUUGGCCAGUCCUGGAGCACCUUGAUUUUCUCCGCCUUGAGGAACUUUGCUGUAGAGAUCUGAGUAUGCGAUGGAGCACCAUCCUGCUGCAAAAUUUGACCCCUUUUAUGGUUGGGAAUGUAAGAGGUAGCUAAUACUUCUUGAUAUUUUAGGCUAUUGAUAUUGCCUUUCACCCUGCAAAUCUUUCGCACACCUCCAUGCUGGAUGCAACCCCAGACCAUGAUUUUUCCACCACCAAACUUAAUUGUUUUCUGGGUGAAUCUCGGAUCCAUGCAGACUCCAGUAGGUCUCCUGCAAUAUUUGCAGCGGUUGUGAUGUAAUUCAACCGAAGAUUCAUCAGAAAAAUCCACCUUCUGCCACUUUUCCAGAGUGCAUCCUUUUAGCAGGCUGUGGGUCUUGGCAAAUGCCACAAGUUUUUUUAAUUUCUUUUUGUUUAGUGCUGGUUUCUGGGCACUGAUUCGACCAUGGAGGCCAUGUCGAGACAGAAUUCGACAAAUUGUUCUGGUUGACACAGGGACUUGAGGUGACCAGACCUGGUGGAGCUCUGCUGCAGUGGAAAAGGGACUGGCCUUGGAUUUUCAAGCCAACAAAUGGUCCUCCCGAGCAGUUGUCUUUCGGGGUCUGCUGGGCCUGGGCUUGUCAUAAACAUCUCCAGUCUCUUCAAAUCUUUUUCUUAUCCUUUGUACUUGACGCUGAGACACAUUGAAGGUGUCAGCCACCUCAGCAGUGGAUCUGGUCUUCAGCCUCUUGAUGAUCAAAGCUUUGGUCUCAGGGUGAAUCUUAGGCAUGUUGUCAGAGGUUAAGUUGCAGUUGAUGUGAAGGUCUGGUGUGCUGUGGUUCUUUCUAUACACCCACUAAUUGAUUUGUCAAUAAUUGAUCACAGGUGAGGCUGUAAUCUUGGAUUGGGUGCAUCAUAUGACAAGGCGACAAGACUUUUGUCUGUGCAAAAACUGACUUAGUGGGCUUUACCAAGCUGUGAACAUUAGAAUGCUUUUCAGCAGUUUCAUUUGGCACCAAGACAUUAUUUCAAACACUGUUGGGAUUGAAAUUAGACAUUUCUUGUAAAAAAAAAAAUUAUUGCACAUAUAUUUGAGGGGCACUUAAGGUCAACUUGUACCCAAGCGACAAGACUUUUGUCAGGGACUGUACAUGGAAUUUUUUUUUUUUUUAUCAGCAACGCUGGUGAAUAUCAUCCAAGGUUUCUAGUACCCAGUAUUAGUCUCUUGCUAUGGUCCACUUCUAAGUUGGAGUUUGGUCUUAUAAUAGUCAGAGGUUAUAGGAGGGUCUUCCCUUUAAAGGCCCUUCUCUGAGGCUCUUGUUUCUCUCCCAUGCUAUGUCCUCUCAUUACCUCCCUUCAUCUUUCUCCCUGUCUAUACCUCUCCAUGAUAAAUGAGAUGGUAUUUGGGACUGUUAAUUAGAGAGCUAUUUCAGGGCCCCAAUGAACUUGAAGCUCCAGUGAGAUUUGCCCCCUCUCCCAUUGCCUCUCCAGCCUCUCCUGCUGCAUUUGUGUGAUCGUGUGUGUGUGUGUGUGUGUGUGUGUGUGUGUGUGUGUGUGUGUGUGUGUGUGCGUGUGUGUGUGUGUGUGUGUGUGUGUGUUGCUAUCAAAAGAUGUCAGCUCUACUUUUGGGUCUUCUGCAUCACUUUACAAGCACUCUACUGUAAAGCCUAACAUUUUUGAUCUGUGUGAAAAUGAUUCACCUGUGUUUUCUAACACCUCUGCAAACACUCCAGAUGUUGUGGUGAUGGAUGAGAGCAGUAAGGAGGUGCUCAUUUUGGAGGUUGGCUGUACCUUUGACCAUAGCCUAGAGGAGGCCUUUGUAUCCAAGUUGCUGAAAUAUCAGCAGCUCAAGCAGAUUAUCUCGCAGCUGGGCUACAAAUGUGAGCUUCGUGUGUUCAUAUUUGGCAGCCUAGGCCAUGUUCAAGCUUGUAGUUAGAGGUCUUCACAUAGCUGGUCUCUCUAAAAGAAAAGCUAAGCAGUUAGCGAGGUAUUGCUCUAUAUCUGCUAUUAUCGGUAGCCGCUCAAUAUGGAGAAGGCGCUGCAUUUUGUACCCAUGAGGUAGAUAUAACUUGCUCCUGUAAAAGCAACACAUGUGACAAGUUUUGUACACUGAUCACUACCCAGUCACGUAUGUCACUGAACUAAUUGCACUGUUUGUAUCUAUGUCCAUGUAAUAUGUUUUUUUUUUUCGGACAUAAAUAAAGGAAUUCAAAUGUGUGUGCGUGCGUGCAUGUGUGUGUGUGUGUGUGUGUGUGUGUGAAUAAGUCCGUGUCCAGCUUCUAAUGGUGGCUGACACUGUAGCCUGUGAUCCAAGGAGAGGGAAGGAUCCUGAGGAGAAGUCUAUUAGUGAAGUCUGUUUAGUGUUCUUUACACCUUUUUCUCACAACUGCUAACCACUGGUUUAUCAUAGAUUCACACUCACGCAUGCGCACCCACAUUCAUGCAUAGCAAAUUCAUAGCAUUUUCACACAUGCUUACAUCUGCAGUGACAGAGGAUAAAGCAGGGCAAUGUUCAUUAACCAAACGAACUCUAUCACCACCUCCACUGGCUCAUUAAGGUCAUCUUAUAAGAAAUAGGCAGCCGUAUUUAGUGCUUUGAAACCUUCUUGGAUGUUCUCUGUGUGUCUGGGCCACAGAGGGAUAUGACCUUGUCAUUUAUUUUUCUGAAGCACACAAUUACUGACCACCCGUCUUUUCUCUCAUGUGUCUGUGUUUUCACCACAGACUGUAUAUCGUAUGGACAACGUAGGUCCGCCUUCCGUCAUUGUGUGAAUCCAAAGUCAGAAUUAUUUCUGGGAAUUUUCUCAGUUUCUUGAAACUAGCAUUUGCGCAGGAGUGCUCAGCUGGAGAGACACAGUGAUGACUCUCUGCUUAAACAGUGUACCCCCCCAAUUAUCAACGCAAUCUCCUGACACCCAUUGGCUGUAUCCAAGUGUCAAUUGACUGUAUCCUAGAGUCAAUCAUAGAAAAUAUGACGUCAUAUCCUGUUUUUAUAACCCUUAAUAACUUCCUAAUCCUUUCAUCCAACCACACUAUGUGCAAUGACUUCUUUCACUCCCUACGUGUCAAUACGAUCUAUGUCAGUUAUCUCCAUUUACAUGAUGCAACUGUGUGCUUUUAUUAUGCGUUUUCUUCUGGGUGCAGAAAUAACUUACUAUCUGUGUUAACAAUGUCACUUGUACAACCCCACACAAUUGCCAGUGUAAGAAUUUUAUAACAAUGCUCAGUUGAAAGCUACUUUGAUAUCUGAUCCUCACAUACUGCAUGCAAGUACCAAGGCAAAUAUUUUGUUUAAAAGAGUACAUUUGCAAAACAAUACAGUAUUUUGAGCUUCACGGUGAAUGAAAAAAAUGCAGCAUCAACAGAGACAGAGACUGUCAGAGACAGUCGUGAAAAUGUAUUAAAGGCCUCAGCUCAUUUACGACCAUUGUAAGACUCAAGUGUUUGUUCAUAUUUACAGACAACAAAAAGAUGUCCCGGUGCUGAUGGACCCUCAGAUUGAAGAGAUGCAGCAGAAGAAGCGCUUUGAAAUGAUCCAGACUUAUCGUUUGGUCCAAGACAAUGUGCUGGAGCACCGGAGACAGAAAGAGCUCAAGAUGAAGGAGCUAAUGAGACACCAGCUGGUGAUGUACGAGGACAUGCAGGUUUGUAAAGACAAAAGGAGAGCUGUAUGACACCCAAAAGAAUGGAUAGUUAUCAUUUUGAAUUAAAAAAAUGGGGAGGAUUUGUUGUCAACCGCUUUUCCCUCUGGACAGGCAUCAUCAUUCUCUAACAUGUCUUUCUGUUCUUUUGGUGUUGUCCCCAGGCAGCCUUGUGGCAGUGCAGAGAGAAAUUUCUUAGUGCCUGCGAUGCAUACCGGAGCCAUCAGAUGGCGGCCGUGAAGAAGGAAAAAGAGGAGAAACAAGCUGUGGAGGAGGCCCAGCAGGCAGUUCUGGAAAAAACAACCCCAGCCUCUGCUGUCACUCAGCAGCCAAACAAACCAGCCGAGAGCGCUGGCAAGAAGAAAUGAUGGUCACUGGCACUGAGUCCCUGUCUCAAUUUCCUCUGCAGACACCUCUCAACAAGUCUGUUUGAACAGUGAGCAAUCUUCAUUUCAUCACAGUAUAGCAGCCAAUUCUUGAUGACAUAAUAUUUGAUUGUUGCUGUACCAGAUUCAAAAGUGAUCGUUAAUGCAACUCCCUGAAGUCUCACUUUAAAGAAGUAUGAAAUCUAUUAAUCAUCAGAGUUAGUUCACUGGAGUUGUAGUGUUCACCAAAAAUGUUCAUAUUAAAUUUUUGUCUUUGACUCUGUAUUCAAUCAUGUGCUUCCAGCUCACAUCUUUUCUCUUAACCUUUUUGAAUGAUAAAAUGCCUGUCAUUGGCAGUGUUCAGACAAAUAAAACCACUUUCCUUUCAUUACCCCUGAGAAUGUCAGCCCAUCUUGCCAGCAAUGUCAUUCUUGGCUUUUCCAUGCCCACUGUGCCUGAUUAUAUUUUGCAAAUCUUUUAUUUCCUUGAAGGUCACUGUAUUGACUGUAUGCCUCAAGGCCUGCAGGAUAAAGCCAACCUCCCACAAGCUGAGUGCUACUGAUUGAUUGGCUGAUUGAUAUACUCUUGCUGAUAGAAGCCCACAAGAGUACAUUCCUACAAGAGCAAGACAAAGAGUUAUGUAUGAAAAACACAUCAGAGGAAGGUGGCAGAGAUCUUUAUGGCGACAUGGCAGCUAUCGAUUACCCCCAAGGUUGAAGUCAGUGCAAUUCAGAGCACACAGUCAGGUUUGUAAUUUGUAUAAAACUGUGGAUCCAUCUGUUUCUGCUCCAAAUUAAUAUGAUACACCAGAACAAAAGACAUAUAUCUUAGCUUAAAAUAUGAAGCGCAUCUACUGGGUUUUAAUGCCACAGAGGGAGUCAGCUGACCAGGUGAAGAAUGAGAAACUAAAUUGAAAAUGAAAAGGAAGAGGGUGCCAUCUAGUGGCUGUGUACUUUAAUAAAUUUUCAUUACCAUGUCUGCACUGUGCUGUUUUCAUGGCUGACAAUAAUGAAUAGUUCAAUCGUAUGCUGCGGCGUAAAGAGAAUAAUCAUUGUGCAGGUCGUGCAUGUGUUAGAGGGCACAGUUGUGUGUGUAUGUGUGUUGGUGAUAAGAUGGUAUUUGUGCCUGCAUGUAUGUGUACCUGCAGAGUCAUGCUGCAGUAAUGCCCCUUGCAUGUAUUUCUCCUUUGUUGCCAAUUCAACAAAAAGAAGAAAAGUACAACCUUAACUCGUAACUUUUGACUUUAACUGUUGAUGUGUAAAUAUCUGCGCACAGUGUUCAAUAUAAAUGCUUCCAUCUAUAGUAAUAGUGCUUAUUUUUACCUACCUUUGCAUUUGUACAUUGCUCUGUUCUUUUUGCUUAUUAGUGUGCUAUUCUGCAUUUUGUGCAUUUCCUCUGGUUGUCAGACUGCAUCUAGCAAACCACUAUUUCUACAUUUGUAUGGCUACGUGACAGAACUAAUCUUGAAAGCCUUCUUCCUGGCACAGAACAUCACCUCUUGUUUCUGCACAGUUCCCCCUCGUCUGACUCCCCCCACCCCACCCCCCACCCUCCUUUUUCAAACAUUUGCAAUUAUUUGCUUUAAAAAAAAGAAAGGAAAACUCCACCCACCUCCUCUUUUUCUUCUUCUUUGUGUGUGUGUGUGUGUGUGUGUGUGUGUGUGUGUGUGUGUGUGUGUGUGUGUGUGUGUGUGUGUGUGUGUGUGUGUUGUAUGUGAGAGAGAGAUCAGCCAAUAUUGUAAUUGUCAAUGACGUGUGUGUUAACUGAGGGGCUGUUUCUUAAUUGGCAGCUGUUGGCUAUUGGUUUGAUGCAAAUCUGUUGUGAGUGACCGAAGAACUGCGAUGUAACCUUGAGAACAGGGAGACAAUCACCCAUCCUGUGCAUGCAUGUCUGUGUGUGUGUGUGUGCAGUGGACUUCCCACAAGUGGUGAGAGAAUAUUUGAUUUGAUAAGUGAAAAAGUAGCGCAGCAUCAAGACAACCCUGUGUGUGAAACUCACACAUUCCUCACAGGAAGGGUUCCUUAUCUGGUCCCAGGACACUGGAUAAUAUAAAUCUUUUCAGACUUGUUUGUACAUUCAUGCUACCUAACAGAGUUCCUUUUACCUAUCAAACCGACUCCGUCACUGACCAUUUAAAUAAUCAUUCAGGCCUCACCCGGUUUACUGUCUUAAAGUGUGUGAACACCCAGAGUCCAAGUAAAGGGCUAAGGAGCAGGAAGCAGACCUCAGGCCCUUUGUCAUAAAACCCUGCUCAACCAUAUACUACUGAUCUUUUGGAGAAAGAAUACUAAUGACUGAUCAUGACAUCUGAUGCAUUCAGCAAUGUAUUAAUCUGUGUCCCGUUUUUCUUUGCUCCAGAAGCCAAGAUAUCACUCUGGCAGAAUAAAUCCUUUAUUCUUUAGUUUCUUUAGACCAACAGCUUUUCAGACUGUUUCAUGAACUUUAAAGUGUUAAAUUUGUUGAGUAUGAGUUGUAAUUUUACUUUAAGGAACAGAAACAGUUUAGAAAUGUUUGGUUUAUAUUUUAAUUAUUUAUUUAGUAGUUUUAACUAUUAGGUGUUUUUAAUGUCAUUGAGUAAUCCGUAUGUAAGUAUACAGCAUCCAUUAUUAAUCAUGAUGAAGUUCUUUCACAUCGGUUGCAAUUGCUGACUGCAAGGGAAGCUCAGCUUCCCCUAAAAUAAUAUAUAUAUAUAUAUAUAUAUAUAUAUAUAUAUAUAUAAAGUGGUGAAAUAUGUACUGCUGUGUGUAAAUUUAAUUGACUAAACAUGCGCUAGAACAUGUUCAUCUUUUGUUCAGAACCAGCUACUUAUCACAGGUAACAGACAUGACUUCUUUCUCAUUCAUCCCCGCAGCGCCACAGUGCUUCACACAGCCGAACGCUGAGGCCCAAUCCCAAACUGCCCCCUACACACUCGCCCACUUUUGGGAACACAUAGUUUGCUAUGUGUUCAGAAAAUAGUCUGCUCACUGAAAUAAAUAAACAAACGACCAGAGUGCGCCUAAAUUGAAAUGGGAGGGUAUAUACAAGAUGGGUGGGUAUGGGACGCUCUCCUCACUCCACUGGAAAACGGAAAGAUCCAUCGCCAUAGCGGUAUAAAGACGCGUCCUGUUCAUGGCAGCAUUUCUUUCUAAAGUAAAGGGCGUCAUGUACAGUUCUGAGCUGCACCGGCUGCCUCGUUUUUUCAUUGUCCCAGUAAAAUAAUAAACCCAGCAAACAUUACAGUGACAGGAGCUAAAUUAUACUUCUGUUAGUGAUUUCACACGUCUUUGAACUCCUUUACUAUUUGACACGUUUCUGCACAAUCAAAUCAAACCUCAGCACAGAGUAAGAUUUCUGACUUCCGUUUGAUCUUUCCAAACCUCGUCUUUGUGAUUUAUUUUUGUCAGUGAGACAAAGGUGGACACAUACAGAACUUUUAUUUGUAUGUUGUUUCCUCCUCCAAUAGGAGGUUUUCACUUGAUGUCACUUCCGUGUUAUAGCUGAGCAGAUAAGGAAAUAAUCGUUCACUUUGUUAUACAAGCAUGAAAUUUGGUACAUAUACUCUUCAAAACCCACUCUUUUCAAAAAUAACGUUAGCCACGCAAAAUUCCAAGAUGGCGGCCCCAAAAUCCAAGAUGUCCGCCCCAAAAUGUGUUUUUUCCUUUAUAACUCAAAAUGACUUGAUUUUAAGCCCCAUACAUAUAUUGAAGUUGAAUAUAAAGUUCGGUAUUGCGGACAUUUUGGUACCUAGUACAUUUCUGUAUCCAUUACGGUUCUUGAGAUACAGCAUAUAGAUACUUGUACAGAAUUGGGAGAGUGAGACAUUUGUAACACCGAUUGUUGUUACGUGCAUAUAGUUAUAUGAAAAUAUCAUUUCCAUUAUCUGUUAUUUUCAUUAGGGUUAUAACAUUAAAUUCGAAAAACCAAGAUGGUGUCCAAGAUGGCUGCCAUUGCCUUGAAGUAAUCAUGAAUUCAGCAGAGAUGAAUCAUGAAUUCAGAAGAAUGAAACUUGUCAUAAAAGGUUAAAAAUUAGGCAUUUUGUGACAAUUUUUUGAUUUUUGUUAUGCUGUUAGGUAUGUGUAUAAAGGGGUGUACAGACCAAAUGCGACCAGGUCGCGUCGCGUUGGUCGGUCACGUUGCGUCGCGUGGUGCUCUGGUGUGUUCACAACGGGUCCAAAGCUGCGGUCGCAGGACGCGGCUGGUCGCCGCUGACCCGCUUCUCCCACCUUCCUUCUCCCUCCUUUUCUCCCUCAUAUAUACAUCCUGCAGCCCCUUCCAGCCUCGCGGCACACACAAACACACACACACAUUGAAACAUGUAGCCUAGCAAGCAGGGGAAGUUUGCUAUGUGUUCAGAAAAUAGUCUGCUCACUGAAAUAAAUAAACAAACGACCAGAAAGCCUGACAUCAUGGGCCACCUUCGCCAUGCCUCCUCCUUGGAGGUGCGGUCCCGAUAAAACGCGCACCCCACGUCGUACAGGACCGGGUGAUAACUCACGGCAGUGAUAAACUGCUCCUCUAUUGUGAUUCUUCUUCUCCUCCUCCUUGUUUCGCCGGUUUGUUGACGUCUGCAGAGCCCUGAUUGGCUGUCGCGGCACGGAGUCGCGGAUAGUCGCUCCCAAAGUUCAACUUUGGGAGCGGCGCGACUUGGCGUCCUGCGACCGGUCGCCAAGUCGCGUCAGGUCGCGUCGCAGGCAGCCGGCGGUCGCCAAGUCGCGUCAUGUCGUGGCUGUCCAUAGACUUUGCAUUGGGAGCCGACGUCGCCGAAGUCGCGUUUGGUGUGAACGCCCCAUAAGGUUUUAAAAAACCACCGCAAACGAUAGUGGUUUGUUUGCCCAGAAUCCAAAAUUCAACACCUCAGUUUGAAACCCAAAAUAAGUGACUGAAGAGAUUUUUCAAUGGAUUCUGUUACUAUUGGGUAUGGGAGGUGGGGGGGGGGGGGGGGGGGCGUUUUAGUACCAUGUGCAUCUAUUACAGUUUGUAAGAUACAGCAUACUUACUGUGAGUUACACCUCACAGUUGCAACUGCACAGAGCUGUACACAUGAGACCCAAUUUGUAGCACUUGCACCUGCCACAACAGCCAGAUUUACAGCCACAUUUGGUGAGCUGUUCGCAUGUCUUGGCUAUUGCAGAGUUGGCUGUCCAGAAGACCUGCCAUUCCUCACCAACCUUUUGACAUCCCCAGUCUGCAGGGUCCUCUGCUUCUGGCUGACACUGGGUUGCCUGGGCCCACACACAACCAGCCUGAUAGGCAGCACGCCUGGUGUGUUGGAGUAGAGCUGCUCUGGUUUCUGGCAAACAAGUCAAGCCUGGCCUCAUCCACAGUAGCAGCUGUGCUGGAUCUGGCAUACAUGAGAAUGACAAACUUCUCAAGCACCUCUAUGUCGCAGUCCUCCACUGUGGGAGGGUAAAUACCCUUGGGGAAUACAGGCAAGGAUUCUGGAGAUAUGUCCCAUGUAUGCCAAGCCAUUUUCUUGCCUUUGUUGCGGAAGGCAGACACAGUGUCACAUCCUGUAAAGGCAUGGAAGAAGAGCAUGCCUUUGACCUUCUCCUGGCCAACAUGCUGAAAUAUGUCAUGCACACUGAUCCAGCGCAGAGUCUGACCUUGCCCAAAUGCAAGCCACAUAUGCUGUAGGCCAGCCUCUUGGAGACCGCUGAAUACACUUAUAGCUAAGAUCAGAACAUCUGUGUCAUUUGCCUUGAUCAUGAUGGAUUGACUACCAGUUGCAUGUUUGGUGUGCACAAAGAUGCGGCUGUCUGCUUCCUCGUGAGAGCAUUUAUCCCGUCCCUCAAGACCAGUUGCACGAGUGCUGAGGACAGCAGGUCCCUUUGUGACGAUGAUGGUAUUUAGGGCAAACAUUUGUGCAACCUUGUCGGCAAGGGUGGGACAACUCUGUUUUGUUUUCAUUGUGCCUCAGGAAGUUAUGCCAGUUAGAUAGCAUGGUGUUCUUAUUUGUUACCUUGCGUCUUCCCCCCUGGCCACGUUUGGACCUGGUCUCAGCUUUAAGGCUUGAUGGGUUUUACACAUCAAACACCAGAUGUGUCAUUGUGUACUUGCUGGAGUACAUGUAGAUCACAGGUAGGAAGUCGAGAGCUGCAUAGUCCUCAAAAGUCUUGGAUCUUUUUGGUGGCAGGGCGUGGUCCAAAGCUGACCCAUCUACAAUGAGAAUGUCUGCCUCAGGUUCCUUGUCAACUGGUGGGACAUAAUUCUCAAGGAUAGGGGUCAGCUGAGACUUCUGACAAGUGCACAAUUUUCCACCCUUGCUCAAUGCAACAGGGAAGGACUGGUUCUCAUGCUGAAAGAACUCCUCGAGGUCAUGCUGAGUUACACAGCAGUGAUAGCACCAGUGUGCCCUGGUUGUGUGCCAAUAUUCACUCUAUUACAUCUGCAAGCUUGUACUGUAUAAACAUCUAAAUUCUGUACUGCAAUGGCCCCAUUGGAUGCAUAGACCAAAAAUAUGUGCAUGCCAAAAGUUAAUGUUUCAUAGUCACUAAGAUCGAAUUACUUCAAGGCAAUGGCAGACAUCUUGGACACCAUCUUGUUUCUCAAAUUUAAUGUUAUAACCCUCAUGAAAAUAACAGAUAAUGGAAAUGAUAUUUUCAUAAAACCAUAUGCACGUAACAACAAUCGGUGAUACAAAUUUCUCACUCUCCCAAUUCUGUACAAGUAUCUACACUCACCGGCCACUUUAUUAGGUACACCUGUCCAACUGCUCGUUAACACUUAAUUUCUAAUCAGCCAAUCACAUGGCGGCAACUUAGUGCAUUUAGGCAUGUAGACAUGGUCAAGACAAUCUCCUGCAGUUCAAACCGAGCAUCAGUAUGGGGAAGAAAGGUGAUUUGAGUGACUUUGAACGUGGCAUGGUUGUUGGUGCCAGAAGGGCUGGUCUGAGUAUUUCAGAAACUGCUGAUCUACUGGGAUUUUCACGCACAACCAUCUCUAGGGUUUACAGAGAAUGGUCCGAAAAAGAAAAAAUAUCCAGUGAGCGGCAGUUCUGUGGGCGGAAAUGCCUUGUUGAUGCCAGAGGUCAGAGGAGAAUGGCCAGACUGGUUCGAGCUGAUAGAAAGGCAACAGUGACUCAAAUAACCACCCGUUACAACCAAGGUAGGCAGAAGAGCAUCUUUGAACGCACAGUACGUCGAACUUUGAGGCAGAUGGGCUACAGCAGCAGAAGACCACGCCUGGGUGCCACUCCUUUCAGCUAAGAACAGGAAACUGAGGCUACAAUUUGCACAAGCUCAUCGAAAUUGGACAAUAGAAGAUUGGAAAAACGUUGCCUGGUCUGAUGAGUCUCGAUUUCUGCUGCGACAUUCGGAUGGUAGGGUCAGAAUUUGGCGUCAACAACAUCAAAGCAUGGAUCCAUCCUGCCUUGUAUCAACGGUUCAGGCUGGUGGUGGUGGUGUCAUGGUGUGGGGAAUAUUUUCUUGGCACUCUUUGGGCCCCUUGGUACCAAUUGAGCAUCGUUGCAACGCCACAGCCUACCUGAGUAUUGUUGCUGACCAUGUCCAUCCCUUUAUGACCACAAUGUACCCAACUUCUGAUGGCUACUUUCAGCAGGAUAAUGCGCCAUGUCAUAAAGCUGGAAUCAUCUCAGACUGGUUUCUUGAACGUGACAAUGAGUUCACUGUACUCAAAUGGCCUCCACAGUCACCAGAUCUCAAUCCAAUAGAGCAUCUUUGGGAUGUGGUGGAACGGGAGAUUCGCAUCAUGGAUGUGCAGCCGACAAAUCUGCGGCAACUGUGUGAUGCCAUCAUGUCAAUAUGGACCAAGCUCUCUGAGGAAUGCUUCCAGCACCUUGUUGAAUCUAUGCCACGAAGAAUUGAGGCAGUUCUGAAGGCAAAAGGGGGUCCAACCCGUUACUAGCAUGGUGUACCUAAUAAAGUGGCCGGUGAGUGUAUAUGCUGUAUCUCAAGAACCAUAAUGGAUACAGAAAUGUACUAGGUACCAAAAUUUCCACAAUACCCAACUUUAUAUUCAACUUCAAUAUAUGUAUGGGGCUUAAAAUCAAGUCAUUUUGAGUUAUAAAGGAAAAAACACAUUUUUGGGGCGGACAUCUUGGAUUUUGGGCCCGCCAUCUUGGAAUUUUGCAUGGCUAACGUUAUUUUUGAAAAGAGUGGGGUUUGAAGAGUAUUUGUACCAAAUUUCAUGCUUGUAUAACAAAGUGAACGAUUCGGGCUAUAUUAUGCAUUUGUCCACUCCACUAUUACGCAGCACGUGCGCAAUACAGAUGGAGGGCAGGAAGUGAGUUGCUGCUAUAGAGACCUGUGCUGCGUCCGAAUUGCCCAUGCUACAUACUACUGCUACAUACUACUGCUAGAUCCUACUCCUACAUACUAAACACGUUGGCCCAAUUUGGACACACUAGACGAGCGGUGGGGAAAGACGACCCCCGCAGGCAGAGAGUAGGUACUGCGCCCGUGCAGACAGUUUUAGACUCUUUGAAUGGUAAUUGUGCAUGUGAUGGAUGCUGCUGUAUUAUAUUCCUGCACUGCUUUAGAAAUUCACAAAGUAGCUUUUCCAUUACUUUUAGCCUUCAUUCACUCACGUGGUGAUCGUUUGUUCAAUGAGAUCUGCCUGAUGGAAUAAGUGAGCUUUACCUCCAUGAUGUCACCACAUAUAUGUUCAUAAAAUGAUCACUUGGGCAAAUAUGACACCAUGACAUGACAAAGAGAUACAACCGCACAUUUUUAGGACAGUGUGUUAAGUUACAUGAGACUUACAUCUGUAAUGCUGCGGUCCUGCCUGCUGCUGCUGCUGCUGCUCCGCCAUGGUGCGCGCUGCUGUUCCCAGCUGGCGUUCGCGACGCAUCUAAAUAGGCAGCAGCUGGUGACGCUAGCAUCACAUGCACUUCUACAACUUUUAAGGGGACGAAGAAGAAGCCCGCGAUGCAUUUUGGGUCAGUAGCAUGCCUGUAGGAUGCACCGUGACCAUACUACAAUGUGGGCGUGUCUAAUAUCUGAAGUAGUAUCUGAAGUAGCAUGCUACUCGCUCCGGUGGCCAAUUCGGACAUGCUAAAUACUGCUUCGACUACUACUUUGACUACUACUUGGCAAUUCGGACGCAGCACUGGGCUGUGUCCAAAAUGGCAUACUACUCCUACCACUCAUACUAACCCCGCCCUGAUGUAUACUCGAUCGGCUUCGAUUUCUGAGUAUGGAGUGGAGCUUGCUUCACGUACUGCUUCUGCCCCACAAUGCAUUGCGCACUUCAGCUGGCAAUAUGGUCCUCUUUGCCAAGGCUGAAAAGAAAUAGAUGGCAUGUGAUUGCAAUAAUAAUGAUAUAUAUAUAAAUAGAUAAACAAUAUUUAGUCAGUAUACAAUACACAAUUUUUUAUCAUUUUAUCAUAUUUUUAUCUUUUUACCAAAUUUAUUUGUAUUUUAAAUUAGGAUUGUAGGUAAUGUUUUUAACUAUUCGUAUGAAUUGACUUUAUUUAUUGUCUAUUAAAAAUGUAUUUAUUACAACAAGUUUGAGCAUCUUCUCAUCUCUAAAUGCAUCAUCAAAGUGGUCACUCAUAUCAAGCACAGACCUCUGAUUAAUAAAAAUUAUUAUUGGUAGAGAGCACAAGGUUCAGAAUAUACAAACGGGGGAGUUUCCAGUUGACAAUGUAUAUGGGAGCUUUACUAAUUCUUACUUGUGGUUGAAAAUCUAUUAGGGAGUACAUAGCUGCCCUGAAGAAAAGACGCCUUUGUCUUCUUGCAUGGCGGCACUUUAUGGUUUUCAGCCUACACCAGGCAGAACUACCUGAUGUUUUCUGAAAUUAUCAUUGUACAUGAGAAGAAUGUAGUCGGGAAAUGAUGUAUUUGUAAAGGAAUAACCAAACAAGGUCAUAAUAAUUAUGUUGUGUGUUGGUCAUUUUGCAGCCCUAUGCUGCUCAUCACACGCCCAGCAGGUGGUGUAUAGCAUUAUCACCAUGGAUACACAGGUGUUUUUUUCAUCCACUGCCGCUCGGUUUGUGUCGCGUAGUUGUUGAUUAUGAAAACACUUCGCAAUAAUUUUGAAACGUGAAGGGGGAGCUGCUGCUGCCCGGUGUUUACGGUACAUAGACGCAAACACCCACCAAGCGGACACUUCGGUCUCCGAAAACGCAGAGACAAAUUUACAGACAGCCUCUAUUUCAAACAACUGGGCUCAUAAUCGUGAUGUAAACACUUACUUUCUCGCUAGAAAUUUUUUUUAUUACUGAAUGAAUUAAGAUGUAAGAAUGAUGAAUGAUAUAAGAAGCUGACAGAAAGAAGCCGGAAAAAAUGGCUUUUUAAUCUCCACAGUUUGGAGGAGCUAUGUCGGAUAAUGCCCGGGACCCCUAUAAUUUAUUUUCAUUUAUUAAUAUUUAUUGUCCCUAGUUUCACUUGAUUUUGAUUGAUUGUGAUUUUACAGUAGUUUCCCUUUCAAAUGUAUCUAUUUCACAUCCAUCCACUAGAUGGCGCAGUGGUGCUGGUGGCAUAGAGUAGCGUUGAAGCACAGAGGGAGAAUAAAUCUUCCUUUUGAGAUGACAACAGCAGCCUAACGUGUGUCUCUUCUAUUCUUGCCACAGGUGAGUAAAAAGUACUUAAAGGGCUCUAUUUUCGUGCACGCCGGGGACGCGGCAGAGGGUGGCGGACCCUGCGCAGUUGUAUCUUCGUCUGGCGGAGCCCAGCGUACAGCCAGUUUGGUAUUUUCGUGCUCGCAAACAGUGUAUUAAGUGUGCUGAAAGCUCGCAGAUUCAAAUCUGGUCAGCUUUCAGCGCUGGUGGCGCGCAGCUGGUCUAGUGGUAUUUUAGUAGGCCGAUGCCUCACCGGCAGGUUUCCACAGUGUCAGGCACAUUUCAGUGCAAUAAAUAAUCAUCAACAACUAAUAAUCUGACUCAGCACAUAAAUCUGAUCUAUAUAGAUAUAUUCUGAUCUAUAUCUGAUCUGAUUAGCACGCUUGGCAGGCGUUUGGACACACAACCUGUCCAAAUCAACACAGCUGAAACCUCAUUACAUUAAAUUAAAUAUCUAGUAAAUAGACACACAUGAUGAAGUUAACAAGACAUGUAAUUCGUCUCUCUCCUGUUCUUUCUUUCUCUUCCUUUUAUUUCUCGCGCAGCUCGACCUGGACAUGUCUCGGUGUCCUCUCCCCAUGUUGCUGCAGCUGAACAGAUGACUUGUUUCAGUAAUCAGAUGAGUUAUUUACUUUAAGCCUACAUACGAUUAUUGUAAUAUUCAGUUUUGUGAGCCAUAUUUAUUUUAUAUGCCAACAUCUAUGAAAGAAAGAGCCAGGCCACGGAGCGCGAUGCGUCAUUUACGCACAGAUGGUUCUGAUUUUAAUGCCAUUUUUGGAAUUUAUGAUGUGAUCUCUGCACACAACCCACCUUUGUCACGUGUGGUUUGAAUAUGUGCAACUUUAUGUGAGUGUCUUUAUUUGUGGAAAGGGUAUUUGUCCUACUAGUGGGUCCAACAUCACACACACCAAAUCCAUCUGUGCUCAUAUGAGAGAGUGUGCAGGACACCCUCUAGCGCUUACAGUGACACUUGUUGAGGAGCUGCCUUCUGUCGCCAUCGUGUGGCAUUACUGUCUUCAGACAUCUCUUGAUCUCUUUGACUACUUCACGAAAAUAGUAAUACGCUUCACCGGUGGCGGAUUUAAAGGUUAGGAGAGGAGCUGAUGUUAUUGGUCAAUACAGGUCUCGGCUGUGUUAAACCCAUUCCACGCCCUCUCUCCUCCCUCCCUACGACUUUCGCCGCUGGGAGGAGCUGAGUUAGGGAGGGGGGAUACUUAUGCCAGGCUGCGCCGCUCACCAAAAUACCAAAUUGUGCUUGGGCACGCCUUGUCGGCGCGGCGGACCUGACUUACGCCGCGCUUGCGGCACGUCUCCGGCGAGGCAUGAAAAUAGAGCCCUAAAAGUCAAACAGUGACUCUCAAACGUCUUAGAACAUCAGCACUUAAUACUGUGUGUUUGCACGAGUGGUUGAACGAAAUCGUAUAGUAGUAUGAGUGAGUAAACAUACUUUAAAUCUGAUCGCUAACCAUGCUAAUGCUAGCGGAUUUUGACAUGUGGAGUAGUGUGAGUAUGAGAAACUAACAGUAAGAAACUUAGAAACUACUGAGCUUUCUGUUAAACUUAAUUCACUGACACUUUAAGGAUAUUUCCUCAUGCAUGUUUAGUUUCUGGUCAAUAGAUUUGAUUAAAUCUGUUUAAGGUUCAAUGCCACGACCAGUAAUGUUUUCAUGUUGUGAUUCUGUGAUUAAGCUAUGGAUGCUAUGCCAAGAGUUUGUGUGUGAGAGACGUGUUUAAGGUGUAAUUCACUUCUUUUUGCAAGUCUGUUGUUAUUGUUUUCUGACAAAUGCAUUACAUAAAUAAAUAAAUGCAAUUAGUGUGUGUAAAAGAUGAAACAACAGAGUGACAGGAUAAAAAUAGUUUGGUCAAUAACAUUUCAUGAGGUUUAAAGGGACUAAAAUGCAACUAAUUUGUUGUUUUUCAGACUAAAAUAGCAAAUGUUCAUUUCAUUUAAGCAUUUUUCAUGAAGCAGCCGCACAGAUAGGUUUUGUCAUGUUCAUUUUAAUGUCAAAAGGAUUGUCUAUAAUUUUACAGCUCUGGUUACUGCCAUGUUUGAAGAAUAAGAUUGAAACUGAAAACGAGUGUUUGAUAUUCUGUUUUGAUACCUGAAGUACAGCAUAUCCUCUCAUGUAGAGAAUAAAUCUUCCUUUUGAGAUGACAACAGCAGCUCAACAUGUCUCUUCUAUUCUUGCCACAGCAUUUCACCACACGUUGAGACAAGAGGAAAAAAACACUAAUCAGUUGUCCACCUAGCUACCAAGGCAGCCUGGGCAACACUGAGCAACUGGACGCACAGGCAGCACCCCAGAGCUCCGGAGGGGGCAGACGGGGAAAAAGGGGGUCCUUUCGCUACGACCUCAGAUCAGACGAGACGAGCCGCUAAAUUUAAGCAUAUUACUAAGCAGAGGAAAAGAAACUAACCAGGAUUCCCUCAGUAGCGGCAAGGGAAGAGGGAAGAGCCCAGCGCUGAAUCCUGUGGAAGGUGUGAGGCCGGUCUGCUCGGAGUCGGGUUGUUUGGGAAUGCAGCCCGAAGCGGGUGGUAAACUCCAUCUAAGGCUGAAUACCAGCAUGCAUCUAAACCGGCGCAAAACAAGCUUUCCCGCAUCUGCUCCAUUGCAGUCGGUCGCUUCCUGCCCUCCAUUUGGUUCUCGCGCGAAGUCAGGAUCACGUGACUGAAAAUCUCCUAUUUUGCCGGCGCACUACCUGCAAAUCCUGCCUUAAGUCUGCACCGGUGCAGAUUUGCCAUUUGGGGGCUGAAUGGUCGACUCGCACUCCACACUCUGUGGUUUCAGACGGCCUUUGAUAUGGCGGGGCCUCCGCAGGGAUGCGCAAACAGAGGGGGAGAGAGUAGGGCGAGUGUGUAGGGAGCAGUUUGGGAUUGGGCCUGAUUCAUGAAAAAGGCCCUAAAUCAUCAACGCUUUGACAUAUCAGCACCAUAUUUGACACGUCACGUCGUGACCCCACUCUGACGAAUGUCCCACUCUGCAGCCAUCUUGGAUGAUUCCACCAUCCCCAAACAGGAAGUAGCUCUUAACACAUUAAUGCCCUCAUCUAUCUUCACCCAAAACAUGGCCUAAAUGUUUGUAAAUCAGCGGCAAGCAGCAGCGAAUCGGCAAGUAGGCAGGCACAUAUCAAAAUUUCCCUGAAAUUUUCUAGUUCUCUUAUGUUCUUACUCUUGCUUAGUCUUACUUUUUCCUCAUCCUCUCCUAAGUUCUACGGCACACUUUCAUUCACGUUGUUUGAUUUUUCUUUAACAUCGUCUUAGUCCAAAUUUUGAAAUUUCAACUAUUUUUCUGCGCAUAGCAAUCCAAGAUUAAAUCUUUAACUUUCUGUUGUCCUGAACACAUAAAAACACCCCUCUGUUCUCUGAUGUUGUCAUCUUGCCUGGAAGAGACAAUAACAGUCACUUUGCUUCACAAUCAAAAGAACAUCUUCACAAUCUUAAUGCUCACUUUUCUCUCUUUGCCUUUACAUUUCACCUCUCUCUUUCACCAGGGCAAACACAUUCUGCCGUGCUUCAAUCUACACACACACACACACACACACACACACACACACACACACACACACACCAGCUGGCUUUGAGUGGACACAGGGUCCUUUGCCUUGUUGUCCCAGCAUGCUGCAGCAUUGUCCCAUUGUUGUUACUCUCCUCCCCUGGGACUGCAGAGUUUCAGAGGUCAGUCCUCAGAGCUUGCUACACUGAUUUAAAAAACUGGAGAAGAGGGGAGACCUGAAAAGAGGGCUGCCCAUGCAAACGCGACCAGGUCGCGUUGCGUUGGUCGGUCACGUCGCGUCGCGUGGUGCUCUGGUGUGUUCACAACGGGUCCAAAGCUGCGGUCGCAGGACGCAGCUGGUCGCCGCUGACCCGCUUCCCCAACCUUCCUUCUCCCUCCUUUUCUCCCUCAUAUAUACAACCCGCAGCCCCUUCCAGCGCUUGCGGCACACACACACACACACACACACACACACACACACACACACACACACACACACACACACACACACAUGUUGAAACAUGUAGCCUAGCAAGCAGGGGCAGUUAGCUAUGUUUUCAUAAAACAGUCCGCUCACUGAAAUAAAUAAACAAACGACCAGAAAGCCCGACGUCAUGGGCCACCUUCGCCCAUGCCUCCUCCAUGGAGGUGCGGUCCCGGUAAAACGCGCACCCCACGUCGUACAGGACCAGGUGAUAACUCACGGCAGUGAUAAACUGCUCCUCCAUUGUGAUUCUUCUUCUCCUCUUCCUUGUUUCGCCGGUUUGUUGACGUCAAAG